GCCCCGCCCCCGCCGAACGGUGACUGCGCUGUGUGGGCCAAGCGGCCGCCGUUGCUGCUGCUGCUGCCGCCGCCGCCGCCAUCCCUUCCUCUUCCUCCUCCUCUUCCCUCCUCCUCCUCGUUUCUUUUUCUCCUUCUCCUCCUCCUCCUCCUUCCCUCCUUCUCCCCCUCCCUUCCUUCUCCCCGCCUCAGCCACCACCAUGGCGGAGCCGCCUGCUCCCGCUGCCCCGCCGGCAGCCCCGGCCGCUCUCCCCGCCGCUGGCUCCCAGCGGCUGCUCUUCACCCACGACCUGGUGUCCGGCCGCUACCGGGGCUCGGUGCGCUUCGGCCUCGUCCGCGUCAUGCACGGCGAGGACUCCGACUCUGAGGACGACGACGGGGGGCGAGGCCCCGGAGCAGGAGGAGGCGGCGGCGGCGGCGGAGGGAGCAGUGGCGGCGGCGGCGGCCCCGGGGGAGGCGGAGCGGGCAGCUCGGGGGGCUCCGAGUCCGGGGGCCCCUGCGGCGGGGAGGAGAGCCGAGGGAGCCCCCUCCGCCGCGGCUACGUGCGCGUCCAGUGGUACCCGGAGGGCAUUAAGCAGCACGUCAAGGAGACCAAGGUAACCGAGGAGGAGGAGGAGAAGCCGCCGCCGCCCUGGGCCUCGUUUGCAUCUCAUCUGCAUCUCAUCUGCAUACGGCGAGGGAGGGAGGGGGAUAGUAGCUGGGGAGGGGGGCUCCAUUGGCAGGACUCCGGAGGAAUGGCAGGGUCUCCGUGGGGUGUAUGUCUCCAGGCCAUGUGGGUGGGUAUAGUAUCUGGGGUGCCCCCCACCCCCGGAAAGUUGGGCAUGGUCUCUGACUCGGGGGUUGCGGAAAGGCAGCUCCUGGCCUCGUGUCUCAAUCACGCCUUGCAGGGGCCCACCUUGCACCAGUUAAGGAUGCGCAGCAGCUUCUGGACCAAACGGGUUUUCUAUUCGUUAGGCCUCCUCUCUCCCACCCAUUAUGCUCUCUGCACCACAAAGGAAAGAGAGCACCACAUUCUUCUCUCUUUGCUCAUAGCUCCUGAAAAUACUGGGUUUAUAUUCCGCAAUACAUUCAAUAGUGAAUAUAUUCCCCAGGAGAUACGAUCUCAGUUCUGCAUGCUCCCAAUCUGGGCAUCUAUUAUUACCUGCAGUUCUGUAUUGGGUGGGAAUUCAGGUGAUCUAUUGGAAAUCUUCGUUCUUGAGCUUAAUUGUGGCCUCUCUGACUUCCUGCAGUGAUAUGUGCUGAGGGUUUCUUGUUCUGGGGAACUGCAUAAAAUUCAGUUUGUUUUUUUUAAGCAGAGGAUACAGUAAAGCUGUAGGAUUUCAAAUAUAUGUGGGGAUGGAUAUUGUUUAGGGUGUACAGAAAGCUACCGGGAAUAAUUACGACUUAAUGUGCAUUUCAUUAGCAAUCAUUUAGAUUAAUUUAGGUUUCUGUAAUGCUACUUGCUAAAACAUGAUGAGGGUAUUAAUAUUGUUCUCCACAAUCCGUUGUUAAACUCUAAACAAAUAUUUUAUACUAAUAUGGUUGUUUUCAGUUUUUUGCUACACUGUACUAGACAUUGCUUUGUGGCAUAAGCAAAGGGAAUGUUUCAAGUGUGAGAUGUUGAAGGCUAGGAAUUCAUUGGGGCAAAACCCCCUGCAACCUCCCCAAUCCCCUGUUUACAUAGGAAAUGGGUAAGUGUUUGUGCUGUGUAACUUACAUAAUGAGCGCAAAGUUGAGGCCUAAAUAAAAAGGCUUCUGUGUAUGCCCAUGGGGUGCAGACCUGAGUGAGUUCAUGACUCUACAUUUUCCCUCACAAGUGCAUCUGUAAGCUAGUAACUACAUGUUAUUUGGAAUGUUGACAAGGGCCUAAUGUCUAGUGAACUCUAACUACUUCUCAAAUUUCAUUGAGUGGUGAUACAUAUGAGGCACGAGAUUAGCGGGAAGGGGUGGACACUGAAGUAAUACCAAGAGGACUUAUAAAUGAAUGUUGCAUGGAUCGAAAAGCUUGUGAUAUAGUAACAGAAGAACUGCAUGCUAUGAUGGGUGGAAGUACUGUAAGCAAUUCUGAGUAGCAGUGUCUUUGAUAUGGAAAUUGUGUGCGCCUCUCAAAGGAAGUGGUGCAUUAAUUUUAAAAUCGGCAUGUUUUAAGUCACUUUUAGUCUCUCCACCCCCACCCCUGCAACACAGUCCAUUAAGUUCAUACAGAGCAGAUAACAACGUCACUUGGGGGCGGGGGAGACCUUCAAAGCUACAACCUAAAAGUGAAAGGCUUCUGUUGCUACAGAAAUGGACACAUUUCUCAAAUGCAGUAUGAGCUUUCUCCUUUGCAGGAAUAAGCUUGGAAGUUUUUUCUUUGUGAUUUCUAGGUUCUUCAUCAGAAUUUUGCAUUUUAUCUAGUUUUCCUUAUUUCCACAGUGAGACAGAACUUGGAAAUCAUGGAAUUUGCAAAAUAGUAGGUGUAGACUUCAUUACAGAGCCUUUCUAAAUUUAUAUAUAGUUCCCAUAUAUUCAGACCCACCCACCCAACACGAUACAGUACUAGAAAUUCAACUUUACAUGGAAUUCCAGCAGCCUUGGCGGCCUAUAAAGCCCAUAAGUAUGGUGUGGUGAUAGGCAAAUUGUUAAAUGUUUUGUUUUUAUAUAUGUUGGAAGCCGCCCGGAGUGGCUGGGGAAACUCAGUCAGAUGGGUGGGGUAUAAAUAAUAAAAUGAUCGAGAUGCUGAUGCUGACUGGGGAGAUUCUGGUUCAAAUCUCCACAAAGCCAAGAACUUCACUGAGUGUUCCUGGCCUGAGCUAAGUUAUGGUGACUGUCCUGUUUCAAUAGAUUAGAACAAAAUAGGGGAGGAUGAGAACCAUAAAUUUCACCUUGAGUUUUUUAGAGGAUGGGUGGGAUAUAAUGUAAUAAAUAAAUAAGCACUGUCAUCCACUACUCAGUAUUUAUGCCAAAAUGUAUAUUCUUUGAGUGUCAAAUGAGUGAAUUUAAUUUACAUUUUAUUUUAGGUUUCAGAUAGCUUAAAAUCCAUAGGAUUACAAUUGCAUGAGUGAGCAUCCUGUUUUUUCCAUAGAUAAGAGGCUUAAAAACUUUGACCAAUCCCUUUCUCAGAUUCAGACCCGCCAUGAAUUUUUUACUUCUAUCUAAGUAGGUGGAGUGGAUCAAAACUCACCAGCAUAUCUCACAAUGUAUACCAACUAGCCAGUAAUUUUUGGAGUUUCCUGCCUUUGUCACAAUAAAUAGGUGUCACAGGAAAUGUUUCCAGAUCUGUGUGUAUACUUUCAACCAGGUUUGCACUGCCUCAUGCAAGCCAGGUAACUAUAUAAACAAUCAUUUCCCAUUACACCUUUUUCUCCUCUUCCUCCCCCUCUGGGAAUUAGGUGGCGCAGUUUAGGAAGGCAUAUCUGAAAUAAUGGACAUAAAACAUAGGUUGUGGUUCAUUGCUUUGUUGUGAAGUGCUGCUGAGCAAUUUUGUAAAAUUAUCUCUCAUUAAUCCAAUCGUAACACUUAAAAUAAUGCAAAGAGCCCAACCCAAUUAUUUCAUUUUCAUUUGCUUCAAGUCUGUUAGGGUGAGGAAUACAGAUAUUGUAAAAUAGCAGCUGCAUUAGCAGAAACAGAAAAUAGGUGGUGCUGUCUUGGUCCAAAUGUAAGCCAUACCUGCAAAUAAGCCACACCUUUAAAAUUUGGGGGAGAGGGGAGACAAUACCCGAAUAUAAGCCACUCCCUUUAAAUUCCACAGGCAUUCACACCCGUAAAUGGCAACUGUAGAAGAAAAUCCUAUGGCUACUAUUCCCCCGCGCUCCCGGGCUGCUUCCUGGGGUGGGGGGAGCUGUGCUGCUUUGCUGGCAGCCUCCCCACCUCCUCCCCUUCUUUCUGGUGGUUGGGGGAGGCUUGGGAGCCGUGGUCGGGAGAGGCGCUGUUGUCCCGCACCCCCGAUGGCCCUCAUGAUGGUAUCCUGGACGGGGGCGCACUCUCCAUUCCAGCCUUGGAAGGCAAGGCAGGGCAGCGGACAUGGGCAGCUGUUUUAGCAGUGAUAUCGUAAGGUUGCGAAUAUAAGCUGCAUUUUAACUUUUCAAGGUCGGAAUUGGGGGGUGGCAAGUGGCUUAUAUUCGGGCCAAUACGGUACUUGUUUCUGCAUAUUAACAGUUAGGUAUCUUGGCAAAAUAACGAUACUUUAUAGGCUGUUAGUGGUGGCUUUGUGUAAAACUUGCAAAUCCUCAGCAUUUUGGAGAACUAGACACAAUUACUGCAGUAAGUUGGAAUUAAUAUAUCUUUAGCCAUUUCAUUUUUCAAAUUUGCUUAAAAUGAAAAUUUUAUUGAUUUCAUGUCAGUUUGUAGGACUUACUGGGUUAUUGGUAUUAAUUUCUAUCUACCACCAGAAGUUGCAUUCACAUUCCUUCUCCCCCUAUGGUUUGUUCCAUUGAUUUCUUAGCCUUGCCUGCUGACUCAUAAAUGAGAUUACUGAAAAAUCUGUUCUGAGUUCUUUUUCUUUGGUUUGCUUCGCAUAGUGUAGGCUUAUUUUAAGCUAUAGUUGUGUAAGUGCAGGGGUCGACAAAAUUUUUCUGCAGGGGGCCGGUCCACUGUCCCUCAGACCUUGUGGAGGGCCAGACUAUAUUUUCCAAAAAAAAAAUGAACGAAUUCCUAUGCCCCACAAAUAACCCAGAGAUGCAUUUUAAAUAAAAGGACACAUUCUACUCAUGUAAAAACACGCUGAUUCCCGGACCAUCCGUGGCCAGAUUUAGAAGGCGAUUGGGCCUGAUCCGGCCCCGGGCAUUAGUUUGCCUACCCAUGUGUAAGUGCAUGUAAGAAUAGGUCAUAAGUUGGUUAAAAGGUACCCCUGCCCGUACGGGCCAGUCGUGUCCGACUCUAGGGUUGUGCACCCAUCUCACUUAAGAGUCCGGGGGCCAGCGCUGUCUGGAGACACUUCCGGGUCACGUGGCCAGCGUGACGAAGCUGCUCUGGCGAGCCAGCACUAGCGCAGCACACGGAAACGCCAUUUACCUUCCCGCUAUAAAGCGGUACCUAUUUAUCUACUUGCACUUAGGGGUGCUUUCGAACUGCUAGGUGGGCAGGAGCUGGGACCGAAAGACAGGAGCUCACCCCGCCGCAGGGAUUCGAACCGCCGACCAUGCGAUCGGCAAGCCCUAGGCGCUGAGGUUUUACCCACAGCGCCACCCGCAUCCCGUGUCAUAAGUUGGUUAGUUGCUAUCUAACUUGCCUUGUCGGUUGGUUUCUCCGUUAUACUAGAGUUGCAACAUGUGUUCAGUUGACAAGUAUGAUAAAUAAAAACAGUGUUCCUCUUUAAUUUUGAAAUAUUUUGUGCCCCUUUUAUUUAUUUUGCAAGUAAAUCCUGCUCAUGGUAAUGUACAAAUGCCAAUUGUCCAGAAUUUGCUUUGGAGAUGUAUCCUCCGCUUGACAUGGUAUUUACCUAGUAGUAGAUGUACUGUUGCUUAAAGAAUGAUACUGUAAAACAGAAGUGGCUAACUCCCAACCUGGGGGCCUGAUCUGACACUCAAGGCCCAACUGAUUUUGGUGCUGGAGGAAGCAAAAAGAAAACAAAAAACAAAGGAGAUGCAGUAUUUUCUUCCCAGCUCAGCACUCUGGUGGUAAUGGAAAUUGCCCCCUCCAGAUAUCAGGUUCAACAUGUGAUGAGCUGGGUCCGGUGACUUACAUUCAUCAGGUGACUGAUAUGAUGAGCUGGGAAGGGGGUAAUUCGCAUCCACAGAACCCAGCUAGCUGAUGGAGAUACAAAUUGCCACCUCCCCAUUCAUCAAGUCAGUGCCCCCUUCCCAGAUAAUCUGGACAUAUCAGCUGAGGAGGAAGGUUUGUAUUUUGUGUGAGACUCAUUUUUGUUGCAUCCCUGUUGGCAUGUGCCCCACCCCACCCCUGGAUUGGCCAAGGAUGAAUAUAAGUUAGUCACCCCUGCUGUAAAAGAUGCACAAUACUAAAGCCUGCAAACCUUGGGCAGGAUUUGCCUAAGGAGCCCUAUAAGGGUUUCCCCCCUUCUCUUGCUUUGUGUCUCUUUGAAAUUGGCUUGGGUAGGUGUGUCAAAAGAGCCCUUAGAGCAGUGCACAAGGAGGGAAAGGGGGAAUCAUUCCAUCUGGCAAGCUACAAUGCACGGCUUGAUGUUGAAUUCCACCACUUGUAUUCUUAACGUUCUGUUUCGUGUUUAAUAUUGUACACACUUCAAUUUUUCAAAUACAGUGGUACCUCUGGUUACGUACUUAAUUCGUUCUGGAGGUCCGUUCUUAACCUGAAACUGUUCUUAACCUGAAGCACAACUUUAGCUAAUGGGGCCUGCUGCUGUUGCCGCGCCGCCGGAGCAUGAUUUCUGUUCUCAUCCUGAAGCAAAGUUCUUAACCCGAGGUACUAUUUCUGGGUUAGUGGAGUCUGUAACCUGAAGCAUAUGCAACCUGAAGCGUAUGUAACCCGAGGUACCACUGUACUAGUUUAUUUAAAGAAAUGAUGUUGAAACUGUUUAUUUCACACAUACACACACACCUUCUCCAUCUACUUUCUGUGAUUCGUUCAUGCACCACUUUCCGGAGAGUAAUUCUGUGGGAUUUAUGUACAUACAUGCAAAGUGAAUUGAUUAAAACUCAUACUCUAUUGACUAAGAUGUCUUUAACCAGGAGGUUAAAGCCUUAGGUUAUACAGACCGUCUUCUUAAGUAUUAAAAUAUAUUCUAAUAAAUCCAAAAGACUCAAACUAUACAAUUUCAUGGGCUUUGGAUGAAACUGUAUAAAAUGCUGUCACCCUUCCACCUGCCUCUGCCCCUAGCUUUGGUCUAACUUAUGUUUUAACAAAAUUGUAUAAGCAUAUCAUGCAGAAAAUGCAGGAAAAUGGUGGUUUGGGGAAGCCUCAUAGUUGGAGAGGUAGGUGAUGAGUUUGAUUACUAACAGUUCAAAUAUGUAGACCGGUGGAGAGGUGCAUAGAGACCUGUGGAUGUGUUCUCUGUUUCUAGAAACAGGUAAAGGACCCCUGACCGUUAAGUCCAGUCGCGAAUGACUCUGGGGUUGCGGCGCUCAUCUCGCUUUACUGGCCGAGGGAGCCGACGUUUGUCUGCAGACAGUUUUUCCAGGUCAUGUGGCCAGCAUGACUAAGCCGCUUCUAGCAAACCAGAGUAGCGCACGGAAACACCGUUUACCUUCCGCUGCAGCGGUACCUAUUUAUCUACUUGCACUUUGACUUGCUUUUGAACUGCUAAGUUGGCAGGGACUGGGACCAAGUGACAGGAGCUCACCCCAUCGCGGGGAUUUGAACCGCCAACCUUCCGAUCGGAAAGCCCUAGGCUCAGUGGUUUAGACCACAGCGCCACCCACGUUUAUGAGUGUUUCUUAAUUCAUUCCUUUUACACCAAGAACAUUGAACUCUUUCUUGUCCCUGAACCCUGUCCUGAUUGUUUAUAAGUUUGUGGCAGUUAGAGUAAUCCUGAGCCCUUUAUGAUACCCUUGCAGUUCAGGAAAUGACUUGGGGAAGUCUCAUGUGUUUUCUUGUAUUUUAUUGCUCACCGCCCUGUGACUCUUGGGUUGAAGGGUGGUGUACAACAAAAUAAAAUAAAUGCUGCUGUAGCAAAACAAAAGCUGGUAUUAUUUUCCCCCUUUGAUUUUGUUGUGCUUUUCAGCUAAAAUAGCAUCCCGAACUCUCAACUUUUCUCAGGGCAAUCAGCAUUUAUUCAUUACAAACAUUAAUGUGAGUCAUAAUUGUCAAUAUAUAUUUCAAAUCUGUCAGUAUGUAGAGGAUAUCAGAAAGAUAAACAGCCCUCGCAUUAAAUAUUGUUGACGGGGUAAGAAUAAAUGCUGAUUGGUUUGAAGAAUUGGGAGUUCUGAUGCAUUAGCUUAGGUUUUUAAUGUUCUGAAGCAUUAUUCUAUGUUACCCACCUAAGAAACCACAUCUAGCAAACCUCUUGCUUCUGACAUUUAUUUUACUCUCUUGGGGGAUUACUUAGGAACCACCUGGCAUUCACAGUGGUUUGAGACUGAAGGAAAACAAAAGGCUUACUGGAAUUGCUGUAGGUCUGUAGAAUUGAAUGAAUAGCCUGCUCCAUUACUGUUGUAUUUAUUGCGAGGUUACUCGCCAUUUACUUUCCUUAGUUCGCUCUGCAGGUUAAAGUCUGUGAUUAAUUUUAUUUCAGUAUAUAAACUUGGGGCUUGUGCUUUUGAAAUCUUUAUUUUUGUCUCCUUGAAUAACAAUUCCAGCAGCCUGUCUCAGAGCAGUGAUGGGAAUCUUAUCUUUCUGGAUAGUCCUUACACCCAAGAUUCAUUAGCUAGUGUGGAUUUUGUUAGCUAAUGUUAGUAUGUGCUGUUAGCAUCCAUCCGUCUCAAGAGACAGUGGAGUGCACCUCUGAGUGUGAAGUCAAACCGCUCUGUUAGCAGCUCCGAAGUGACCUCCCUGGGGUGCAAGCCUGGCAGUGUGUAUGGAGGUCCUAGGCUGCCCAGACAUCAAGACCAACCCCCGACCUCACUAAUGUGGUCCAAAGGAAAGCAGAUCAAUACAUUUGGCACCAGCUUGGCUGCAGGAGCUGCUGGAAGGAGGCAUAAAACCAUCUUGGGGACUCCACUAUGUAGGAUUUACUCCUUAGCCUUUUCCCACAAGACAGUGAAGGUUUAGGAUCAGAGUCUUCCUUCCCAAAUAGUCUGCCUUCCCAAAUUGACGAGCCCCAUUUGCCCUCACUUCCCUCUACAGCACAUGUAGAAACCGCCUUCUUAACCAUUGAACCCACUAUUGGUCUCGUCCGCUCAAUCUGCUGGAGUCUCGCAGGGGAAUUCCCAAACUCACUGAGGGUUUGAGACACAUCGGCUACCCUCACCUGGUUUAGCUGGCCAGUCAAAGCCAUUCCCCGGGUGUGGCCACUGUCACAUGCUGACAGCUUCCAGGAGCCACAGGUGAGAGCUAAGUAUUCCAAAUUUAGUAAUGCCAGAAUUUAUUGUAGUAGUUAGAAUUUUGACUCAGGCCAGCAAGAUCGGAGUUCAACUCCCAGUUCAUUUAUGAAGCUCACUGGGUGACUUUGAGUAAAUCGUUCAUGCUCUGACAAGCUCACUUCAUAGCAUAGCUGUCAACUUUUUUCUUGCGAGGAAUCUAUUCGGAAUAAGGGAAUUUCCCUUAAAAAAAAAGGAAAACAUUGACAGCUAUGCUUCACAGGGUUGUUGUGAGAAUGAAGGGAGGCAGCCCCAAGUCUCCAUGUCAUCAUAUCUGGCUUUGUUCCUCCUCAGCCUAACCCUUGGAACUACCAACAUAGCGCUUGUGGGUGUAUGUGUUCCUGUCAGGAACUUCCUGGCCCCCACAAUGACUUCCUCCCCUUCCUUAAUAUUAGGUCUUCAAUUUUUUGAAGGCUAAUUGCAGUGUGGGGGCAUUUGGGAGGGGUCACCACUGGGGAUGAAAAUAUAAAUCGUCCCUGCCCCAGCUGUGACCAACCUGAUGAAAUUGUGUUUGUGAAGCUGCUGCUAGGCUUGGAAUAAACCGUCUAUUGACUACAUCACCUCUUACGCUCAGCAAUUAGGCUUGAAAUUUGGUUCCAACAGAAGGUGAUUUAAUGCACAAAGUUAACCCUUUCCUUGAUUGCACUCUCCUGGAAGUUUACUCCUCAAUUAGAUUUGAAAGAGUCUAUUGGAUUUAGUUUUUGAGCUUAAUUGCAAAAAGGAAAAAUUGCAAGGAAAAAUGUAGUCAACAGAAGACUACAGUGAUACCUCGGGUUAUAGACACUUCAGGUUACAGACUCCGCUAACCCAGAAAUGGUACCUCGGGUUAAGAACUUUGCUUCAGGAUGAGAACAGAAAUCGGGCAGCGGGAGGCCCCAUUUGUGCUUCAGGUUAAGAACGGACCUCUGGAAUGAAUAAAGUUCUUAACCCGAGGUACCACUGUACUUUUGAGCCUAAGUGUUUGGGGGGGGGUGAGUGUGUAAGAUGUGUGCAUAGUUGCAGAGCAUGUGUGUUUGGUGCCCCCAAAGUUUAUUACAUUCCCAAAUAUGCCCACUGCCCUAAAAUAGUUGUUGACACCCUCUAAUCAACCUGUCAGGUAAUUUCACUGUCAGACCUGGGUCUGAUGAAAAGUAGAAAACAGAGCUGAGUCUCAUUAGCAUACCAAAUACUAUUCACCUUAUAGUUCUGGAUCAUUCUAUGUAAGGGUUUCACAGAUACAUAACGAGUAACAGACCUCUUUAAUACCCUGUUCAAAAUGAAGUAAUGAAACAGAAAUAUUUUCUACACCAAUAAAAGGACAAGUGAUUAAGUCAUUACCUAAACAGUUCCCAGGAAGUUAUGUGAUACAUGUGACUUCUAUGCAAACUGCAAACAAAGUUGGUUAUGGCUGCAUUUGUUAUAAUAUGUAUAAUUCAUUUGGGCAACAGGAAGGAUGGUUAGACUAAUGAUUUUUGGGGAUCUUAUUUUUUUAAGCAUAGAAUUCUUAAAAUUGAAAUGUCUUAAAAUAUACAGAAAGUAGUGAAAACACCAAGUAUACUGAUAUUUGCUGCGGGAAGUCUUUUACCUUCUAAGUAGCAAAUGUAUGUAUUUCUUGCUCUCCAGAUGUCUUUAGGAUGAGGAGUCAUUGUCUCUGUUCUGUCUGCAGGCAGUUGUAACACAAACUGCAUCAACUAAUCUGCUGCAGUGUUGCAGGAGAGAUAAGAUGAUCAUUACAUAUAUAUUUUAAUCCCAUAAUUUUUCAAAGAAGUGCUGCUCAAGAGAUUUAAUUGCACAUUAUUUUUAAAAAAGCAAUAACCUGAUGAUAAAAUAAGAAAACAAAAAGACACGUUUAAACUAUAAUGGGAAGUUAAGCAGUAGCUACACAAGUAUUCAAAAUACUUAGGAUGUAAAUGAGCUUCCUCACUGCUCCAAAAUGCACAAGUUAUUUGUACAAAGCACUACUAAGAUAGCGGCACUUAAUUUUCAUCUCCUCUUGAAAAUAUGCAUUUUGCCUUCAUAGCAAACUAUUUUGAUCAGUUGUCAAGAGUAAAUAUUUUACCUUUGUUCUUGUGUCCCUCUUUUAAAAAUGUUUUUGUUAUAACUAAAGUAAACACAUUAUUUUGAAUGUGUUUUUCUGCAAAGUAUUACCUCAUAUCUGUGAAUGUAAGAAACUGAGGUAGUAAAUGAUGAGUGCAUAGAGAAAAGCUUCUUCCCCCUCUUGAGUUUUGACAUAAAUAGUUUUGGAUAUUUAUGUGAGGGAUUUUGCAGGCUCUUAAGUCUGACAGCACCCAGGUUGGGAAAAUCUUAUCUCAGUCCUUGACCUCUCUGUUGUUGAAUUCUUUUAACUCAAGUCAUUAUUUCAGUUUGUUUUGGUUGUUUUGUGAAUCAGAAUUGAAGCACAGAUGUGUAUACAGCAAGUAAGUUAAGCAAUUUGGAUGGCAGCUGUUACUGUAUCUGGAAUAGCUUUCCCUCUUUUUCCAUUUAAAUGCUUUGAAUUCAGAAUUAUUAGCAUGAGGAGAUUUUUUGCAUUGUCCAUCUUCCUCUAACAGAAUAUCUUCAUCUCCAGGUACAAUUCUUCACUGGGGUAUGUAUUUUGUACCACAAACACUUAAAAAACAACAACAACACACUGCAUUCAGAAUAAGCCAUACAGACAAGAACGAAUGUGUGGUUCCUUGUUAGGGGCAGAGAUUAGGCUUAAGAGACAAAAACCAGGAAUGAAUGUAUCAUCAUAAUGUUUAAAACCCAAAUGUGUAUGUUUUCAAAAGUCUAGCAUUAAACUACACCUUAGUAUAACAUAUAAAAUUUAAAACCAAUUGAAAUUAAUGGGUGUGAGCUAAAGUCCAUUGAUUUCAAUGGGUUUACUCUGACUAACAUUGGAUUUUGCUGUAUAACCAAAAGUUGUGAUAAUAGAUGAUUAUUAAAUGAUUAAAGUGCCUUACAUGUUUGGUUUUUCCAAGGCCAGAAGCAAGCACUUAAUUGCAUGUGUUUCUGUGAAAUAAAAUGUAUUUUAAUAGGGUUCUAGUCCUACUAUCAUAUAGUGUCAGAUCAGAAGUAAUCAUUCUUAAUCUGUUGUACAGGUGAAUGACCUGGUUGAGAUAUUGUGCUUUAAGACUGAGCAGCUGUAAAUGAUGUGGCUGUCUAAUCAUUUUUUUUCUUAUUGGUCUUGUAAUCUAAACUGCAACUUACCAUAUUGUAAAAUGUGCAAAAGUAUUGGAUAUCUUUAAAAAACAUGCGCUUAAAGGAAGGUGUUUGGAAUGAAGGGCAACUUAUGCAUGCUUUUUUCUGUAGCGUUUACUUCAGAGGACACCUGCAAACAAGUUUUUUAUUGUUUUUUAAUGUUCUGCCUUGGAUUCCUAUUUUGAGUUUAUUGGAAACAAUGUGGUUUUAGCAGUUACUGUUUUAUGCUGUGAAACAGUAUCACUUCUUCAGCUUUCAUAAUAGUAUUUGUAAAUAAUUCUAAAAGUAGCUGCUGAUGUUAAAUCUGGUGAAAAGAUAAAAUUCUUUCAGUAAGAUAAAAGUAUGUGAUCAUUGAAUAAUUGCUCAGUUAAGAGUUUUGGGUCUUCCAGUUGUUUUCCCAGGGCACUGUUUGGAGUAGGCAGAAGAUAAAGAGCAAAGCAGUAUUUUAGUCACCAUAAUGCAAUAAGAAUUUUUGUAUCUAAGAAAACAGCUACUGGAAGAGCAGGAAUUAGUCUCUUUGAAGCAUGUGCCCUUGCUAUUCUGAAGGGUAACACCAUUUAUCUGAAAAAGAGAAUUGCAGUGCCUGCUUUUUUUAGGGUAGUUCCAUACUUUAGUGCAGCAUUGUUCUUUUGUAGUUAGCUAUACAGUGGUACCUCGAGUUAAGUACUUAAUUCGUUCCGGAGGUCCGUUCUUAACCUGAAACUGCUCUUAACCUGAGGUACCACUUUAGCUAAUGGGGCCUCCCGCUGCUGACACGCUGCCGCCGCACGAUUACUGUUCUCAUCCUGAAGCAAAGUUCUUAACCUGAGGUACUAUUUCUGGGUGAGUGGAGUCUGUAACCUGAAGCGUAUGUAACCUGAAGCGUAUGUAACCUGAAGCGUAUGUAACCCGAGGUACCACUGUAAAUGUUGUUAAAACUGAGAUUCCACACUACACUUAGUAUAGCACUGUGCUCCAUUCCUUAGCCAAGAUCCAUCUACAAUGUUUACUUAUAAGUGCCACUCAAAAGUUAUUUCCAGUGUUAAUGAAAAGUUUCCUGUUUUCAGAGUCUGUCCAUAUUUCCUUCCUUUUGAUUGUGGCCAGAAAAAAAAGUCCCGUCGUCCCCCGGGCAUAUUGCCCUCGUGUCAGUCUCUGUUUGUCCCCUGAGGAGAAAGAUUUAAUUACUAAUCAUACUACAUUAUUUUCUCUUUUUGCUUUUUAAUAGCAAAAUAGUACUAUUUUGUUGCUAUAAAAUAUUAGAGGAAAUGAUUAUACUGUACCCUCAUUAUGAGCUGAGCAGAUACUGACACUAAGGCAAUUGAUAUCACUAAUCUGCUCAUUCACCACAAAGUAUGAUAAAAAGGAAGGGGGAAGGAAAGAAGAAAGCUGUGGAUGUAUUUCCCUAAAAAUAUAGCAGUCCCAAUUGCACAAGAGUUCCUUGCCUCUUCACACGGGGCGACUGGUAAUGCAAUUGAUUUGUUUUGUAAACAAACAAACAAACAAACUACCCCUACUGCAAAUGAAGUCCGAAAAAACAAGAUAAGUCAAACCCCUGGAUUCCCAACAACAGAGUCUGGAUUCCCCAUUUUAAAAAUGGGUGAAGAAAGGGUGGCAAUCCCAGAGUAAGAAGUAGUGAUGAAGCCAUCUAAGUUGUUGUCCUGGUCCUUUGCAUCCCCAGUGGGCCUAUGCUACAUUUUGCUAUGGUUUGGGGCGCAUUCAUGAGAAGGGCUAACAACUAAGAAAGAGCUUAGCUAGCCACUAACAAUUACCUGGAGUCUGUAGAAACUUGGAGCUGUAGCUGAGCAAUUGCCAAAGCAAUUUGAUAACUAGCAGCAUUUUUAAAAAAAACCAAAAAAAAUCACUUGUUUGCAGCCAGUAUACAGGCUAAGUUUCAUACUUAAUAAGCUGUCAGGAUGUCUGUUUAAAAGUGCAUUAUGCAUUAUAGAAAUUGUGGCUUGAGCAAGGUGGUGUUGGCCCACUCCUUAGCCCUCAAAGACCUUUCUAGUAUUAGAAUAUGGGUAUGUUUAGAACAAAGACCUUUUGAGAGGAUUAUAAUGAAUGCAGCCAUAAUGGAUUGCUUUUAUGUUGGCACAAUGGCUACCUGUAUUACAGAACAUCUGUGGAGCCAUCUAGAUAAGCAAGCUAAUUUGUCAGCUGCCCCUUUUCACUUCCAAGCUAAAGGGCUGAUUCUACUUCGUUCUGUGCAGUUCAGAAAUAGUCCUGUUUUUGAUUUGAUAAUUCUUUUACUUCCCAAAUGCUAUUUUUUUAAUAACCAGGAAUACUUUAGUAAUUGUAGUAAUAGGAGAAGUGGAAUGGGGCUGAUCUAUACUGCAUUACUGAGUAAUAAAUGAGGUCUUGAAUCCAGUUCUCUACUACCACGUUGACCAGUUGUAUACCUAUACAUUUUUAAUAGGAAACAUUCAGCAAAUCAUAAUCAUGCCUAAAAUCGAACCUUGAGAGCUUGUGUACUGACAUCUCUACUUUCAGCAAAUGCAACUAAAUUGUACAUGUGAAAAGGAAGAUGAGGGAGAAAACUUAGCGCAGUGUAUGUUUAGAUGUAGAGCAGAAGUGGGAAAAUUCAGUAGUCUGGAUUUGUGAAGUGACCUUGUCCACCUUCUAUUACCUUAGCAUCUAUGAUUUCUUCUUGCUGUAGAUGCAUUGUACAAAACUGUGUCCAUUUGAAAUUGAAAUUCAGCUCCUAUAAUAUAUUUUAUUUAAAAAAAUGUAGUAGUGGGGGAAGGUACAGGAGCAGAAAAAUUAAAUGCCUCUGUUUUGAUUUAUUAUGAAUAUUAUUAACUUACAGUACUUCAGGCCACAAUCAUAGCCCUGUGUUAAGGUUGAGUGGCACAAUGAGAAAUGGGGCUAAGGGCAGUAGAUUCUAUAGCUUAUUGUUCAAAAUGGCUCAGCAGUUUGUUUGGAAACUCGGCAGUGUAGGAAAAGUGUUUGUGUGAUCUUUGCAAAAUUCAGGGUAGAAAUUAUAAGAAAUUGCUUGUUUUGAAUGAGAUAAGUAUUUGAUGAGGGACUCUGGCAUCUUGACUGAUAUUGCAAGCUUUCCUCCCAUAGACUUCGCUGUGCUGAUUUUUCUGGAGAGACUUUUGUUUCUACUGCAGGCUUUAUAAAAUGAGUUGUUUUAGGUAAAGGGUGGGUGACAUCUAGAAUGCACUUUUUACCUCUGAGUGUUGUAACAUGGUUGUAGUUUUUAAUAAAAAGGCAUUUUUCUUCUUUCAUUCUGCUUUUGUUUUAGCUCUUUUCAGCCAGAACUCACCAGAACUGAGUUCCGGCACCUCUCUGGUGGGCAACAUUGCUACUAUAACUUAUUUUUCUAGAAAAAUAGCACUGGUCCAAGCAAGAAACUUCACCAAAAUUCAGUUAAAUAAUUUGAAAAGGGCAUUUUUUGGCCAGUGUUGGUCAACAGACUUGAUUAUUCUGCUGUGCAAUGAUUUCUGUCUAUGCAAUGGUUUCUAUCUAAUGUUACCCUCUAAAACUUGAUAUUGAUAACCAAGAUUCUCAGAGACCAGGCCUUGAAGAGUUUACAGUUCAGGUAGGCCAAGAUGUUAAAAGUUAGGUGUUAAAGGAGAUGAGCGGAAAAAAUCACAGGGUAUAAGUAAAAAUAGUUUUGAGCAGUGUGUGGGAGAGCAGGAAAUAUUUCUGAUGUGCACCGCAGCUGGAUUUCUGGCAGGCAGUUUUUGUAGGCACAGCAGAGACUUCACGGAAGAAAGGUAGGCGGGAGAUUUUAGGGCGGCUAUGCUUGGUUUAGCUGCUGAAUUCCCUAUUUAAAGGAUAAUUGCCAGUUGAUCUGAAAACCUUCAGCUGGGCCUUCUCCUGUACCUUUCACAACCAUACAAUAUGCAGAAAUCAACCAGGGUGAUUGGAGGGUAUAGGAACCAACGUAAUCCCCUGCUAAUGUCACCCAAAGAACUGGUUGUUAACAGGCAGAGAUGCAGUGGCAGCCUGUAAAAGUUGGCAGUUUCAGUUUAAAAGAUGCCUGAUGAGAGAGUUGUAGACAUAGCCUUUUCAGGACUCGGGUAUAUAUUAGACCAUGUGUUUGUGCCACAUUUUGCUUCACUCCCCCACCUAAAUUCCAUCCUCAACAUCCUGUAUAUUUCUGGGAAGAAGAAUGUGGUACAGCAUACUCUUGGCAGUUGAACUAAAGACGCCAGUAGAAAUACCAUGUAAAUGUGAUAUAGGUACAUAUUUAAUUCUUUCUUAGAUUUCUUACUUACUAGUAUCCUUCAUUGCAAGGUCCCAGGGUGGGCUCUAGUUGGUAUAUCCAGGGCUUUUUUUCAGCUGGAACUUUCCAGAACUCAGUUUUGGCACCUCUCAGGUGGGCGCCAUUGCCAUUAUAAGAGAACAGGGGAGGUGUUCAUGGGGAGUUCCAGCACUCCUUUUUCUAGAAGAAUAGCACUUGGUGCAUCUAUAGUACAGCCCUAUAGUACUGCCUGCAGACCUGUAAUUUUUCAGAAUUGUACAGUGGUACCUCACAAGACGAAUGCCUCGCAAGACGGAAAACUCACAAAACGAAAGGGUUUUUCGUUUUUUGAGUUGCUUCGCAAGACGAUUUUCCCUAUGGGCUUGCUUCGCAAAACGGAAACGUCUUGCAAGUUUGUUUCCUUUUUCUUAAAACCGUUAAUACAGUUGCAACUUGACUUAGAGGAGCAACUCAUAGAACGCGGUGUGGUAGCCUUUUUUGAGGUUUUUGAAGACUUUGGUGAUUUUUGAAGCUUUUCCAAAACUUUUCCGACACCGUGCUUCGCAAGACGAAAAAAACCGCAAGACGAAAAAACUCGCGGAACGAAUUAAUUUCGUCUUGCGAGGCACCACUGUACCUGCCAUUUUAUACUGCAUCAUUUUUAUGCAGAGGCUAAUAGUGCAUCAGAGAUUAAGCACACCAUUAUUGCACAUUUUCACGUUAUGACCUUCAAGUCUUCAUUUGAACUAUGACAUGAAUCAGAUGUGAAUGUUCAAAAUAUUAUAUGCCAUUUUGCUGUUGGUAAAUAAUUUUGAGCACAGAGCAUAAUCUAAAUAAGCAGUAGAACUGAUCCCCUCCCAAUAUUUUCUAUGCAAUUUUUAAAAGUUUGAGUAGGUGUGGAACACCUUCCCUUCAGAUGUCAAGGAGACAGAGAACUACAUAACUUUUAGAAGACAUCUGAAGUCAGCCCUGUAUCAGAAAGUUUUUAAUGUUUGAUGUUUUUCUAUGUUUUAUAUAUGCUGUAAGCUGCUCAGAGUAGCUGGGGAAACUCAGCCAGAUGGGUGGGGUAUAAAUAAUAAAAUUAUUGGUAGCAGUAGUAGUAGUAGUAGUAGUAGUAGUAGUAGUAUAUUUUCCUAUUCUAAUAGGAGGCCUCUCCUUAUUGGUCACAAACUUCUUCUCACUCAUAUCUCCCUUGCAUUUUCAGUGUGUACCUACUAUUUAUCCUUUUAGAAGCAAUUACUCUUUGCCCAGCUUCCAAGGUUAUGUGGCAAUAAUACAGGGCAGAAAAGUGCCCUGGAACUGCAUUUGAGCAGGCUUCGUUACAAAUGAAGACACACAACUACAGAUUCUAACCUUUCUCUCUUCCCUCCUUCUCUUCUGAGGGGUCUGGUGUCCUAUCCAUCACUUCAGUCAUUACAGCUUGCUGGAGUCUGGGUGGGUGUGGAUGAUGAAUAGAAACUGUUUGCUGUUGAUAAGAAAAGUAUUAUUUUGGUGUAACGAUGUGAGGCACUUUCUCCUGGUGGUGCCUUCCUUCACUGUGCUACCUGAUCUCUUUAGAAGCCAGGUGAGGAAGACCUUGCUGGGAAAAUGAUUUCUAAAGCUUUCCCACUUCAUGCAAAAGGAUAUGGAUUAGUCUUGCUGUUUUUACAUUAAUGAACUGUGUUCAGCUGAAUGCAUACAUGAAAAGCAUGAAGCCCAUUCUUCUAAGAUUUCUUAGGUUGGGCAUCUAGAAAUUCCUAUCUAUAAUGGGAUAAGAUGUGUUACAUCAUUUGUACCAUACUUAAAUUCUCUGUCCCAUUUUUAAAGUUGUCAAUUAAUUUUGUCCAUUGUUUCUAGCAUUAUAUUGGGGCACUGGAUUGUUGUCUACUGCUCUUACUAUAGUAAGUGUACAAAUGAAUUUUCUUAUAAAGUGGUUUGUACCAUGUCUGAACCAAGUGUUGGCACAAGGGAAAAGUUCUCUGUACCUCUGUCAUUUCAUUGUCCUGGGAAAGCCUUUGGAGAACAGUUUCCUGUUGCUAUUUUAGACCUCACUUUUUAAGCUAGUGUUUCUGUGAAUGCAUGAUUACAGUAGAAUUUACAGUAGAAUUGGAAGUGGAAUAUUAAAGUAGCUUGAUUAGGCAAGUUGCAGACACUUCAUUUAAAGUCUACACAGGUGGCUGGGUUUGCCAUACAAGUGUAACUUGUUUCCUAGAAAUCUAAGGAUGCCUUCCAAUAUGUUGCUGCUGCUGCUGUCUUCAAAAAAUGAGCACACAUGCAAAACACUAAUGCCUAGAAAGUGGUGUUUGGAGGCAAAGUGUAAGCCUGAUCUGAGAAGAUGCCUUAGACUAAAUCAGCUCAUUGGUCCAUGUACAGUGGUACCUCGGGUUACAGACACUUCCGGUUACAGGCUCCACUAACCCAGAAAUAGUACCUCGGGUUAAGAACUUUGCUUCAGGAUGAGAACAGAAAUCGUGCGGCAGCAGCGGGAGGCUCCAUUAGCUAAAGUGGUGCCUCAGGUUAAGAACAGUUUCAGGUUAAGAAGGGACCUCCAGAACGAUUUAAGUUCUUAACCCGAAGUACCACUGUAGUUUAGUGUUGUUUCAGCAGCUACUCCCUAGGACUAUGGACAUGAAUUUUUCCAAGACUGAACCGGGGCCCUUUGGCCUGCAUAUGUUCUACCCCUGAGCUGCAGCCCAUCCUGUUCAGUGUGUUCCUGGCAUGCUUUUCCUGCCCUCCCUCCAAAGAGGCUUUGUGGGAUUGCACAAACUACAAAGAAGAAACUAGUCUUGUCUAUAACUAUUCUUAAAGUGAUCCUUUGCAAUUGUGAAUCCUGGCUACCUUUUCUGACACAGGGUUGCUGCCCGUUAGUUGGCAGAUCCUUCAGACAAACAAAAGAAAUGUGGAGAGGCGAAGCUUGUACUAAUUUAUAGUUGCCCGAAGAUUGCCUCCCCUCUAAGUUAACUGUGUGCUAACCCUCUCACGAGGAGCAAGCCGGGCUCUAGCUCUUUGCCCAGUGGUGGAGCAUGAAGGAGAAGUGAAGUGAUGAACCAGGAACGACACCUUUGGGUCAUAGUAGAUAAUGUAAAAUGGUGCAUGUCGGGGCAAAAUAUCUUUAUUUCACAUAUACACAUAUGGGAUGUGAACUGGUGGUGAUGGACCAGGAAUUGAGACCUUGGGGUCAUAGGAGAUAGCUUACUGAAGAUGUUGACCUAGUGUGUGGCGGCUGUGAAAAACGCAAAUUCCAUGCUAGGGAAUUGAAAAUAAAAUUGCCAAUAUCACAGUGAUAUUACACAAAUCUGUGGUGCAACCACAUUUGGAAUACUGUUCUGGUCAAUUCACCUCAAAAAGGAUAUUGUAGAGUUGAGAAAAGUUCAGAAAAGGGCAACCAAAAUGAUCAAGGGGUUGGAGCGUCUUCCCUGUGAUGAAAGGUUGCAAUGUUUGGGACUUUUUAGCUUGGUGAAAAGGUGAAUAAGAGGCAACCAUAGAAGUUUAUAAAAUUAUGUAUGACAGAGAGAAAGGAUUCCCCCUCACAUAAUGCCAGAACUCAUGGAGAUGCAAUGAAGCUGAAUUCAGGAACAGAAAGGUACUUUGGUGGCCACCAACCUAGAUGGCUUUAGAAGAGGAUUAGACAGAUUAAUGAAGGAGGAGGCUAUCAAUGGCUACCAACCACAAUGGCUGUGCUCUACCUCCACUGUUGGAAGCAGUUGUGCUUCUGAAUACCAGUUACUGGAAACCACAGGAGGGGCGAGUGCUUGCAGGUUUCCCACAGGCAUCUGGUUGGCCUCCACAAGAACAGGAUGCUGGUCUAGAUGGGCCAGUGGCUCUUCCGAUGUUCCCUGUUGAAUUGGUGCAGUGCAGGCAUGACUUUCCCAUCUCAGUGAGAGCCAAACUAGGGGAAAUGUUGGUAGAGUGAGUCAACUGGAAAGAAAGAAUGCAGCCAAGGAGAUCAAAUCAAGGCUGCAUUCCUGAGGGAACAGGGUUUAACCCUUUAUGCCGGUGCCAUUUCCCACUUUUAAAAUCGCUUUCUCAGCAGCAAUUCUUUGCUCCACAGCAAGAAAAUAUGCAUGUGUCCCUCCACACCAUGGGAGGUUAACACUAAGGAAACAGUUCAAGGGGAAAAAUUAACCCCCCUCUCUUUCUCUCAUCCAGUUUUCCUAGCUAAGUUUAUCUUCUAAAAAUAAGGGAAGCCUUGAAUCUGCUAACCUCUUCUCCAGUUUGGCCCUGUGAUUGAGGCCUGGGUGAUGUUAAUAUUGUGUGUUUUGAACUUGACUUGAAAUGUGCAAAGAGAUUAAAAUUAUGGGUUUUAAAAAUGUAUAUUUCAGUCACAUUAAUAGAUCUCAUUAAAUUCUUUAUAUUUAUGAAAAGCUAAGAACAAGAGAAGCUUAGUUUUGUUACAUACUUACAUUUUGUAACUUUCAAAAGUUAUUGGGGACAGAUAAAGCAGAAUAGACAUUGCUUUUGUAUUUAAAUGAAACUAAUUGAUAAUAAAAAAAGAUUUGUUUUAUGAGCCUGAGUUUGAAACAGUACAAAAAAAGGAAGCGAAGUAGAACUGAUUGACUAAACUCAAGUUUUUAAAAGUGAAACAAUUGCAACAGUCUAGCCUAAAUGCAGUUUCAUUGUUUCUAAUGGCUUAAGAGUUAUGAUAACUGUUUGCCAAAUUUUGCUGAUGGCUGGCAAUCAAUAGGCAUAGUCAAUACAAAUAAGGAUUAGGAAAGUAAUGCAUGACCUCAGAAUAGAGAAACACAAAUUGGAUGAAAUUUGAUAGUGCAGAGUGUAAGGUCAUGUAGUUGGGGACUAGUAAUAAGCACUUCUGCCGUCUCCUGUGGGCUCAUCAGCUAGCAGCAGAAUUGCCCAGGGAGGGAUGGGAGGCGACCUAGGGGAUUGCACAAUGACCAAAUGACAAAAAAAUGAUGCAGCUACAAAGGACGCAGGUUUGUAGCAAGUAAGGCCUUCUAAUAAUAGGUGCUAAGUAAAUAUUAAGGCGUUGGUGGGACUGACCUGGAAUAAAACAUGCAAUUUAUCUUUCCUAUUCAAGGAAGGUAACGGAAAAGCUGCAACAAAAGCACUUUAAACACACACACACACACACAGCUCUAAAACCUCAAGAUGGGAGAUAUAUUUGGUUUGGCAAAAAAAGCUGAGAGCAGGAGAUGGCUGUCCUUUGACAUGGAGGUAUUAAUACAUUAGAGAUAAUUACACGUUUGAAUGAUAGAAAAGCUAUUCAAAUAGUAAGCUAUUGUUGCUCUCUUAUCCUCAGGUGAUAAAGGAUAUGGUUUGAUUGAUCUCCUGAUAGCAUGUGUGUGUUGAAUCUAUUGCAGUUAUGAACAUGUUAGAGUAGACCAGGCACGUCCAACUUCCAAGAAACUGCGAUCUACUCCCACUAUAAAAAAAAACAACUGGCAGUGAUCUACCCAUUAGAUUGACCAGAGCUGCUCCCCCCCUUUUUUGGGAGGGGGGUCAGGAUACCACGAUCAACCAGGGACAUCCUGCAAUCGACCAGUAUAUCAUGAUCGACCGGUUGGACAGGCCAGGAGUAGACUGAUUCAGGUGUCAUGCAGAAACCAUGGUUUAACUAUAUGGUCAAAGCUUUCUGCCUGUUCAUGUUCACCCUUUCCCCUCAUAUGCCAAUUCCCCUCAGUUUGGGCAAACAGACCAUAAUUUGCUAUAGUUGAAAUGAAUUCACCUGAAUGAGGAAGGAAAGGAGCUGUAGUGUGGGGUUGGAAAAUUAGCAAGCUCAUUGUUUGGCUACCAAAUCUGUAAUGCAGUGAACAUAAAUUCGCUCCACUUUAAAAAAGUAAGCAUCUCAUAAGAUUCCUCUUAAGUUUUCCACCCUUUUUUUCCCCUAUACCGGGCUUUGACAACAAAGGGUAGCAUACAGAAAGGAGAAAGUAUGCAGUGCUGCUGAAGUGUCUGCUGUACUUUCCGGUUGACUUUCUCACGGUCCUGUUGUUUAAGUAUGUGAAGCUUUGCACAGUGUAGUGCACCCCACUAGCAACCUGAUACUUAGAGUCAGUUGGGUAGAUGCACUGCCCGCAGAGUAAGGAAAGCACUGUUACAAUUGCCCACAGUAGGCUACAUGCUGCACUUUAAAACAGGAGGCAGUUAUUUCCUAAUAGUCAUGCUGGCUAUGAAAAUUCACCACCUCAGUGAUCCAGUCUACUAAAUUAGAUUUACAUGAAGACAUUGUUUCAACGGCUUAAAAAAAGUACACUUGGAUAGUCUCACCUUCAAUAGAAAACAGAAAUUUUGUGUGUUUGUCAAUAUACAAUAUUUCUUAGCCUAAGUACAGUGGAACCUCGAUUUUUGAGCGCCUCGGAAGUUGAAUGUUUCGGCUUUCAAACACCAAAAAUCCAGAAGUAACUGCUUCAGUUUUCGAACAAUUUUGGAAGCCAAACGUGCCAUGCGGCUUCUGUUUUGAGUUCCCUAUUGUAUUGAGGCUUCUGCUUUCAGUUUUUGGUUUUUGAAUGUUUUGGAAGUCAAACGGUAUUCCAGAAUGGAUUACAUUCGAAAAUCAAGGUUCCACUGUAUAAGGAAAGGUUUUCUUUUUUCUUUUUUCUUUUUUCUUUUUUUAAAGGCUUUGGGUUUUCUAUGUUUUCAUCACCACAAUAUAUGCCAUACCUAUGAUGACUGACAGUUGAGAACAAUAUACUUUCAUUUCAUUUUAUUUUUUGCAUAAUAUAUUUAAAAGCAAUGGUAGAUAUGCAAUUGGUUUCCUAGUGGCAUUGAACCAGUGGAAGCAUCUUCUGUGAGCAUCCCCACUGGCUGGGGAGAAUGGGGGUUGUAGUCCAAAACAUAUGGGGGAGCACCAGGUUGGGGAAGGGUGCCUUAUUCCACUUUUCACCACUUGAUGCAAAGAUGCCUCAGGUGCCUGCAUUAGUUCUUCAAAGCCAGGAUUGGUAGCCAGAGUAGUCUCAUUUGUGGUUUCUUCUAGCCUUUAAGAGCAUGCAAUAGCAAGCAGAAGAGGCAGCCAUAAUUUUUCUGAAACAAAUUGGGAGGGACACAAAAAUGAGGGGACUCCCCCAUUUUUCUGGUUUAUUCCCAGGCUUUCACAUUGCUAUAAAUGAUGUUUAGGAGCUUAGCACUGUAAGCAUUCUCUGUUCUGUGUUGCUGCCUCUUUCCUCUUGUGCAUUUCCACCCUUCAAGAGUAACUGGAAGUGGGGGAAAAAAGUCAGUGAAGUGUGACACCAUUAAGUACCUAACAGGAUAAACCUGACAUAGCAUAUAUGUCUGUCUGCAGCUCAAACGUGCAUAGCUCUUGGGUAAUGAGAAAUGAAUAUGCAUUGGCAAAUGACAAGGGAGAAGGGGGUGGAAUUGCUUCGAAGAGGGAAUGUGCUUUGCUUUGAAUGACUCUGAAGAAUUCAUUAACAUAAAUGCAGUAGUCAAAUAAUACUUCCUGGCAGAUGCUUUAGAAGAAUAUUUAAAUUAUUGGACUAGUGGAGGUGGUUGUAUAUGAGCGUGUAUGCUUAGGAAUUUUAGUUAAAAUACGUGGCUAUUCUCUGACCCUAUUCUCUGCUGUAGAAAGAGGCAUUGUGGUGAUGUGAGAGUGGUAAAGACAUUUUUCUCAAGAUAGAAAAGGAAAUCUGGUGCUGCUAUCCAGUACAAUACAAUGCUGGGAAAAUUUACUAAAAAAGCAAAAUAAUAGCGUAUGAAGCUCAAAAAGACUUUUGGGUCCCAAUCAUUCUGUGCUCUGAGAGAGAUUGUUUUCUUGAACUUCUCAGCAGAUGAUGGCCAAUUAUCUAUGAGCCCCAUUCCAGACAAUAUAGAGGUACUGCUUAGUUGAGUGGUAGUCAUCCUGUUCUGGAGGUGGUGGCACUCCUCUUAAAAUGAUCAGGUGCACUGUUGGUGCACUGUUCAUUGAUCCAGCUUUGAUCAAGAGGCCUCUGUGGCUUGGAAUGCAUUUUAAUAGCUUAGGCUGAUAAGCGAAUUGCAGCCCUGCCUGCCUUCCGUUACCUGCCUGUUUGGAUCACCGCAGUGUGUUACAUGGAGUUUCCUUUGAAACAGUCCAGAAUCAGUCAGCCUGGGAAGAGGCAGCUUGAUGGUUAACCUGCACUGGACAACUGAACGUAUUAUGUCAGUGCUUCAUCAUUUGUGCUGGCUUCCAGACCAUUUCUAAGGCCAGUUCAAAGUGUUGGUUUCGACUUUGAAAGUCCAUAACAGCUUGGGACUAGGGUACUGGAAAAGUCAUCUCCUCCCAUUUUCCCUUAUCCAGUCUUAGAGAAUGGUGUCAGAUGAUGAUCUCAAAGUGGCACUGCAAAGUGAAGCAUGAUAGGUGCCCACUAUAUGGAAAGCUAUUUCAGUGAUGGUGCUAUGGCUAUGGAAUAGUCUUCCUAGGGAGGCUCACCUAGUUCCUCCUAAUUUCAGCACCAGAUAAAGGUCUCCACCCACUUCCAGGCAUCUUAAGGUUUUUAAAGAUCUCUUCUAACUUACUAAUCUUUUCAGAAUUGAGUUAACCUUGUGUUAAUGUUUCAUUGUUGGUCCCCCCCCCCUCCUUUUUUUAAAAAAAAAGAUUGAUAACUGUAAGUUAUCCAAAGAGCACUUUUUGGGGGCAGCAUGUAAUUGUUGUAAAUAAACAAGUAAAACUUCAAUCGUAACCAUUUCUCACACACUAUUCUUAGGCCAUAUGGUGUUGUAGAGUGUCUAAUGCUCAUAAAUUAGCUUUCCGUUUAUUCCAGGACCUAAUAGGAGAGUACAAAUAUAAUACCAAAGAAAAUUACAUGGAUAUGGCUCAGAUUGCCAGGACUGCUUUUUUCCUUGCCUUUAUAUGAGUAAUCUUUACUGUUUUGGUACAGAAUCGUAUAAUAUUUGUAGUUGACAGAUGCUUCAUAAAUCAGAUUUCUCUACUAUUAAGUACUAUGUCAUUCAGAAGGGACACUGGCUGUCUCAAUACUACUUCUGUCAUCAACAUUAGAGGUAGAGAUGCUGGUGAAUUGUAUUUGGAACCCAGUCAAAGUUGCACUAGACUUUUACAGGAUGUUAGGUCCGACAGAUUCCAGAAUAACCUUUUAUGUUAAUUACACAGUCUAUGGCACAUCAGUGACCUAAUGGUAAAGAAUAGCCAAUCUGAAAUGUGGUGCAUUUUGGAUCUUCCAGUCACAGAAAUCUGGAUUGCAGAGUGAAACCACAUAGCUCCACCUUGUUUCCUAAUUGAGGAGAAAUUUCCCAGCACAUUACUGAUUUGUAAGAAGCAAAGGGCUUUCCCCUCAGUGGUAACUGGCCUAUCAUCUAGAUCAAAAUGCAUUUUAUAGAGUGGCUAUUGAUUAGUUUCUCAGACUGCAUCCAUGGACAGGCGGGAGCAAUAUAAUUCAGAUGUGCAAGGCAGGGAUGGGUUUGGUACCUUGGUAAAUAAAAUUUGCAGCAUCAUUUUGACUUCAAACUAUUACUUAUAAUUUCUUAAAAUAAAAUUUAAUUAUAACUUGCUUUAAAAAAAAAAAUUUAAUCUCUGAGUGGUAUACAUAAAACAGCUACAUUAAAAUCAACAAACAUUUAACUCAGGUUUUUGGCAGGCAUCUGAACAAGUGCAACAAAGGAGUCUCCCUAAUGUCUAUAGGCAGGAGCAAGAGAUGUGCAGUUCUGUGCAUCAGCAGUGGUGGAUACCUUUGUCUUGAUGUUAAAAGGCGUGGGGGAACUUGCUAGGACUCCAAGUUACCCCUAUAAUCCCACUUGCAUGCAAGCAAAACAUAUAUUCCCAUAGUAUAAACAAGCAAAAAUAUGCAUUCUAUAUAAUACACAGGCAGUUCAGGGCAGUAAAGUCCCAUUCCUUUACACAUACAUAUAGAUUUAAGUGUUUUUAAAAUAUUUGCAAAAUAUUUUAAAAUAGUUUUGCAAUCCAGGAAAGAGGGAAAAGAAGUGUGGAGCUGAUAAUCUUGCCCUGUGACCUCACCUGCUGUGUUACCAAUGAACUUUUAAGGUAGGCUAGAUAACCAUAAGGACUAGAAACUUGAUUUAAAGAAAAAUGCUGAGAUGAUGAUGCUGAAUUCUGGCCCAUAUCAUAUUUCUACAGACACUUUUGACUGUAGUAGGAAAGCAAGGCUAGAGGUUGCCAUAUAGUUCUGUAAAUAUGGGGGGGGGGACUAUUUCCUAUAUGAAUUUCCAUCUGUUUACUUUUCCAAGAGUUUUUACUUCUCUUAUUUCCACUAGCACAUCUUCUACAGAAGAACAUACAGUAUUUGUAGCCCUUCCAGGAAUUAAAAAUAAUCUCCCAGCACCGAGGCCUCUUGAACCAGUUUUGUUAUGUGUGUAAUCUUUAAGCAUAGAACAAUAUGCCUUGACAGCUUUAAGUGGGCUAGAAACGGUGUGUGUGUGUGUGUGUGUGUGUGAGAGAGAGAGAGAGAGAGAGAGAGAAUGAUGGUGAUUUUAAAGGAAGAUAUUGGUAUAUGGAUAUAGAGCUGGCAUCUUGAUCUGAAGCUAUUGCAGAUAGCUGCGCCUGUGGUCUCGCCAAAAAAGUACUAAAAAUGGAAAAAGCACUAGAAACAUGAAAUUUCAGCUAUAUCUCACCUCAGGCAAUUCAGUUUUGUUUGGGAGUCCUGGGAAUUUUGCCUGGAAUCGGAAUUGUACAAUAAGCAGUUUUUACAGCUUUCAGUCCCUUUAUUGUUCCAUUCUCUGAUAUUUCAUUAUUUAUAUUGUACUUGACUCUUGUCUUGACACUGAAAGUAAAUGCAGCUUUCCUGCACAAAGGCGUGCGAGCCAUUUUGAUUGCAAAACGUUCUCAUCUAUCCUCAGCCAGUUUCCUUGUGGAGAAUUGCAUCUCUAGAAUGCAGAGCAAUGUGGCUGCUGAGGUAUUCAGUGCGGCAGGUGUGCUGUGUACAGCUCAGCUUGGCUUAUGCAUAUCUUCGAAAAUGUCUCUUCCUAACCCCGUCCCUCCACCACAGCUCAUGCAUUGCUGCAAAGGAGAGGGGGUUAAAACUGUUUCAGUGAAUAGAAAUUGCAGCCGAGUUUUCCGGCAGUGAUGCAAUUGUGCUGCAUUGUCCCGGUAGCUUUCACACACUCCUUCUGCAUUGUGAGCGACGGGAGUGGCUCUUCUGUUUAUCAGGGAAAUUAAAUGCAGGUCUUGGGUACACACAAUGCAACUGGAUUUCAUGGAAGUGUCAUCUUCAAUUCUUGAUGUGAAGACUUAGUGAAACUUAGAUUAUUUCUUGCAUGCCUAAGAGUCAAGUGUGAUUUUGAUUUCAUCAUCUAACCAAAUAACUAUUGCUGCCUUGAAAUAUUUAGCAGACCAGCACAACCUCAGUGUGCAAUGCUGUGCACGUUGAACUGAGUCCAAUCUUGUGGAUAUCUUUGCUUGGUAUGUUGUGCAAGUGUACAUGAUGGUACAUUAAGGAAACCUCACAAAAAGAUCUAUCCCAUGAGACAGUGUUUUGUAGUUAUAGGAGCAUUGGACCUGGAGACACAGGUUCAGAUCCUUGGCUAACUGAAAUAUAUUACUCUGCUUCUUUGUGAUCUUCAUCUACAAACUAUUUAUAUGUGGGCACAAUUCAAGGUUAUGGUUAUUGCUUUUAAAGUUAUAAAUAGAUUGUAACUUGGACAGUUCUAUCCCAUACUCUCCAAUCUGUAUUGGAGAUCCUGCUCCAGAUUUUCCUGCUGGCUGAAAUGGAGUGGAUAAGCUUAAUGGGGCAAGGUCUCUUCAAUAUCUCAAGGAGGCCUAAAUGACCCCUUUAUUUUCACCCCACCAUUUCAUUAAAGACAUAGAUUUUUAGGGAGACUUGGGUAGAGGCUGAGAGGACCCAAUCCAAUUAUCUGCUGUGCUGCUGGUGAACCUUAUUAUUCUGCUGACUGCACAGCUAGAGAUUCACUAUCAGCAUAGCUUUGCAGUAUACAGUUAAUCCUGGUGCUUUCCAAGAUGCAUAAAGCUUGCAGUGACACCUGUGUGUUUCUCAAAACCAGCCAGCUGAUUAUCUCUAAACUGCCAAGACUUGAGAAUGCUGUUGAAUGCAAUGAGAGCUUGUGUUUCCCUCAUGCUAAAUAAUACCCUGCUGUUGUUGUUGUUAUGGUUGUUAGACAAACUAAGAAAAUAUUGCAGACAAGCAUUGCGCUGCCAAGGUGAGAAUGGAGCCCUUCUAGCUAUAGAUUUUUAGUGAGCUGAAAAGGAGGAUACAUAAGACGGUGUUGGAAGGGAGGCAACCGAAUGUGCUGACUAGGGCAGAAGCAUGAGUCUGUUGUAAAGAAAGGGUUGUGUGGCGGGCAUGAUCAAGUUUAGUGAGGUGAGCAUUUAUCUGUAGAGCUGCUAUUUCACAUUUCCGCAGGUGUUCAUAAUGCAGAUGCUGUAUCGUAGUGUUGAUUGUCAUUGAGUUCCAGCUCAGUGGGAGGACGAGUGGUUUGAAAAUGCUCUUUAUUGCCAUCACAACUGAUAGCCUUUUCUUAGACAGAAUGACUUGGCCACAAGCAAGUACCCUUUGCUUUGAUCUGCUUGUUCAUUUUGACAGAUCAAUAAUAUUUGAAUUGCACAGCAUAUUUUGAAUAAAACACCCAUCUCUUACUUUUUGUGCAUGCAUGUCCGUAGUGCCUUGGCGGCGGCAUUAUUAUUAUUAUUAUUAUUACUUUAAAUUUGGCACAAUAUGUUGUGGAAAUGGCUUUGCUCCAAAAACAAUCUGGAGAUAGAGGCACAUCUGAUCAAGCAAGCAUGCAUACCAUUUUACAGUCGUACCUCGGGUUAGAUACGCUUCAGGUUACAGACUCCACUAACCCAGAAAUAGUACCUUGGGUUAAGAACUUCGCUUCAGGAUGAGAACAGAAAGCAUGCUGCGGCGGCAGCGGGAGGCCCCAUUAGCUAAAGUGGUGCUUCAGGUUAAGAACAGUUUCAGGUUAAGAACGGACCUCCAGAACGAAUUAAGUAUGUAACCAGAGGUACCACUGUAUAUGCAGUAGUCCUAGAAUCUUCCUCUUAACCCACACACUCCAAACUAGCACUGUCAAUUACUACUUGUUGUGUGAGCCACAUUCCUCUGUGCUUUGAAAUGUCUCUGCUCUGGGCAGAGGUAAAACAUAUUUCUCUCUGCUAAUCAGAAUGGCCAGUGUAGUUUUUUUUUCUAAGGAAUCUGAUAGAGAGCAAGAUUUCUACUACAUUUCUAGUAGUAAAUGCUAUGUAGUGACACUCAUUCCAGAUACAAAGAGCAGACCGAAGUUCCAUUUUUGAUGCUAACAAUACUAAUACCUGGAUGGGAGAAGUUCAGAGAACCUAUUUAUGUAAGUCUGAGUUUCUUGGAAGAAAGGUGGGAUACAAGUAAACAAAAUUAAAUGAUGGGAUAACAAAAUAAAACCCCAUAUAGUCUUGUUUUGUUGCCAUGUCCAUCACUAAAGUGGAAUUAUGAACACCAGCAGCAUUGUAUGAAUGUACAGAUAAUUACUUCAUUGUGCAGCUACAGCUUAUAUUGGUACAAAAUGUGUGUGUGUGUGCGCGCGCACACAUAUUAUAUGUGUAAAAAUUUUAAAAAUACCUACCUGGUAGCCCACUUGAUUGGAAAUCAGGUUGCACAUAUGAAGGUAUGGUGAGGAUCCAUCUUAAUUAUAUUUUCUCUCUUUUGUCUUUUCCCCACCACCUCCCUCUCAGCUGAAGCUUGAAGACCGGUCAGUGGUACCUCGGGAUGUUGUCAGACACAUGGGCUCACGGGUAAGUGCUGCUGUUUUGUGUAUAGACGCGAGAAACCAAAGCCCAGUGUUUCAGUAGUAAAUUUUGCAUAGUCUGAAUCUGCAACAUAGGAAAUACUUGGCUUUGAAUGUGACCGGACUGUAUUGUAAAAUUCAUUUGCUGUGUUUCAGGCAUGGCACACUAUAGAAUCAAACGCAGUGUCUUAACACAUUACAGCAAAAGCUGCAGCCAAAGCCAGCCAUAUUAAUAUGCAUCUUGUGCGUUGAACCUUUUGGCCAGAAUAGCAGUGUCAGCAUUGGAGGUGCAUUGCUGUAAGCCUUUCCAAAUGACGCUGUGGCUCAGAUGUUGAUUUCUGCAGAGAGCAGUUUGCACCAUUACUCAGAGUCCUGGAACAAAUGUAGCUAUAAAAUGAAAAGGUAGAUUUAAUGGUACUCUUUCAGUUUGUGUCCGAUCAGUAGCCUUAUUCAGGAUUUAGUAAACACUCUUGUUCUCUUUUCCAUGGCAAGAUGUAAGUGUGAAAUCCUGAGUCGGGGGUUUGAUGGAUUCUUAACUCAAUAUCAAACUCAAUAUUGAAAAUGCAUCUGGAUUGGGUGAGGGCAAUUAGGGGUGACACCAAGGGACACAAUACACCUUGCAGCUAAUUUGCACAGUUCAGUUUCACAUUCAGUUGCCUUGCAUGAACACUGAGGGUACCAAACACUAACCAGUGUUUGUUAUUCUCAUGGUGGAGAUGCUUUGUGAACUGUUGAAGAGGAAUUCAACACUCUCAGCCUUAUUUUGUCACCCCAGUUCAGAUGUAUGAAGUUAAAUAUUCUUGCCUUCCAUCAUAAUUUUUUUAAAGACAUGCAACACAGUGUUCAGAUGAAGAAGAGAACAAUACAUGUGCUAGGAUGCUUGGGAAUGCCUGUACUUGCCAAAAACAAGUGACGUGUAGUAGCUAACGUUGGAAACGCUCUUCCUGGAACCCUUUUUGAUGUUUCAUUCAACUGCUUUUGGUGAUCAUGAGAAUUUCUGAACCCCAACUGAUUUAAAGCCCCCCAAUUCAUGGUUAUGUUGCAGUUAGCACUUUUGUGUGUAUUGAUUGUGUUCUCAGCGGCUGCAAGAUAUUCUAUACAGGCAACGACAAGUAUAUUACCUUUUUAAGAAACAAAAUACAAAGCAUUAUGUUGGUAGCAUCAUCCAAAUGUACCUUGCCACCUCAGACCAUGAGCUGGCCGUAGUCAUUUUUAAAAGGAGAGAGCAAGACACUUGAAGAAUGGGAGAAGGAGAAGAGUGGCGUACAUAUAACAAAAUAGCUUGUACUUCUCUGAAUCACAGUCCUGACUUGUAUUACAAGUUAAUGCAGGUUAAUAUGUCAGUUGACCUGUAUUACAGUCAUACCUCUGGUUAAAUGUGCUUCAGGUUGAGCGUUUUCAGGUUACGCUCCGCGGCGACCCGGAAGUAACGGAGCGUGUUACUUCCGGGUUUCGCUGCUCGCGCAUGUGCAGAAGCUCGAAAUAACGUCACACGCAUGCGUGGAAGCAGCGAAUCGCAACCCGGAGAAGCGGGUUGCGUUCGCUUCAGGAUGCGAAUGGGGCUCCGGAAUGGAUCCCGUUCGCAUCCAGAGGUACCACUGUACAAGUUAAAAGCCCAGCAUUGGGAGUCUACUCAUUUCCCAGAAACUCAGAGCAUUCCACACCCCACCCCACCCCACGUGCAUGUAACGUCCAAAGACUUUCUGGGCCACACUAGUUCAUAAAGGUUUUACUCUUUCCCUUUGGAGUCCUCCUUCUGGAUGAACAAAGACACCUAUUUAGCAACGAGAGCAAUUUUUAAAAUGUGUUUCAGCAGUAGGUGGAGGAAGGGAGAAAAGCAUCAUCAUAUGGUUAGUGAGCUAAUUCAUAUAUUAUAAAGCACUAUCCCUCCGAAAUGUGUGUGUCUAUGUGUGUUUCCAUUAAUAGACCCUGAUGUUUGGGAACAGCUACAGAACCCAGCCAUCAGCUGCAUUUUGUAAUGGACUAUGCUCAUUAAUAAAUAAAAAUAGGUUAUUACAGCAGCUGCCAGUUGACUAAGAAUUAGUUGAGUUAUGAGUUAAUGAUGCAUCUGGGUUCAUAUCCUCUUCCUCAGCAAGCCAAACAGUAUGCAGGCACAAUUGAGCUUUCCUUUACAGUCUCAAAGCGACACAAUAAACAAGGCUUAUUUAUUAAUUAAUACUUUGCUCUGAUAUUUGUUCUGCGGAUAGCGGGCAAAAUAUCUGACAUUUCUGUAGCAUAUUUCAAGUGUUUGAAAGAGCAUGAUACCUGAAUAUUGUUACAUUAGUCUUAUCCCCAUAUUGCAAUAUAGUGAGGUUGAGAGAAUGCAGACUUUCUACAGAAAUUACCACAUUACUUUCGUUCGGCUUGUGGGUAAAAUGAAGAGACCAGUCUUGGCCUGACAGCUUACUUAUUAGGCAGUUACCAUCUAGAUUAGCAAGCAAACUUUCUAAUGAUGUACAGGGGCCCCCAACUUGCAGGGAAAGGAACCUAUAUAAACUGGGUUCCAAAGAAGGUUGGCAGGAGGUCAAGCAGGCAAAGAAUGCGGACUCAAUAAUUCUCUCAAGAAAGAAGGCAUAAAAGGGACUCUUUUUUGCUUUUUUUCUUGGGUCUUGAAUUCGUGUUCUACUGAGAAAUAGCAGGUGAAACUUUCAGGGCUGUCUGUUUCUGCACAACUUGUGUGUCCUGCAGUUGAAAAACCUUUCGUUCACCUUUCCAGGACAGCCAGUGUGGAACAGUAAUUGAUGUGAAUAUAGAGUGUGCCGUAAAACUGGUGGGGACCAACUGUAUCCUUUAUCCGGUCAACAGCAAAGAUCUUCAGAAUAUCUGGGUGAGUGUGUUUAAUACUACUUAUCCUCACACAACAGGAAAGCUAACAACUUAACAGAUUUAAUCAGGAACAGGCAGGGAUGAUGUUACAUCCCCUGAUGUGAGUGGUUUCUUUUAACAAGACUAGAGUCUUCUCUGAAGAGAGUAAUGCUUCUAAGCCCUACAUGAGAUGCAAUUCAGAGACCUGAAGGACUGCUUACUACCACAUAAACUUGUCUGCACAUUAAGAUGUAAGUUGUAAGGCACUUCCCUGGGUUCUCUUAUAUGGAUUAUGACCUUUUUGGUUGUAGUAUCCUGACUCUGGGAUGCCUUUCCUGGGGCCAAGCAAACCUAAUUUGUCUGGUACUAUAAAGACAAAGUAAAAGCCCUUAAAAACUAAUCCCAGUUUGUAACUGGCUUAGUUCUCUACUCUGACUUAAUUUUAAGGAGUUCCUUAUCUGCUGUCAUAUUUUCUAAUUGUUUUUAAUUGUUAAUCUCUGUAAACUGCUACCCUGGAACUUUUAAUAUUGAAGUAAAUAUUUGAAGUAAAUAAUGCAAUACUUGCAUUACGGCCACACUAGUUCUUUUCUGAAUAUGUUGCUAGCUUCUGUCAGACUGAGCAAAGGCUUAGACUAUAACAAAUGGGGUGAGAAGCUUCUGCAUAGUGAUUAGCUAGGAUGAUCACUUGAUCAAGGCAAUCCCACGGCAACAGCGUGAUCCUGAGCUGCAGUACAGUUAAAACAUGGUGUUAGUAAAAUCUUUAAAGAAACAAAGUAUGUACAUAAAAAAUGUACAGGAACUGGCUGCCUGUAACUUCUGAGUUCGUUUGUUCAUUCUAGAUAUUUCCUACCUUUAUUUCAUUUUUUACUGUUUUUGUCAAAGGGGGCAGGGAAUGGGUCUACAAAAUGGUUUUGGCUAUAGUCCGAAACCUUCCAAAACGAAGAUAAAUAUUUCUGCUGGUAUUCUUAACAAGGCAGAGAGAUACAACUCCAAAUUGAUUGUAAGAAAGAAGGGCAGUUGCGCUUCCUCAAUCACUUAACUGUGAUUGCGAGAUUACCCUGGAGUUUACCCAGUAUACUUGAUAUGUUACUGUUCAUCUUUCCCAUGAAAUUUGUCAGUAACACACUUUUCCAUCUCCCCAAUCUUGUAGUAUGGUGGGGUGGCGGAAAAACCUAUUUCAGUAAUCUGGGAAAUGUACAAGUGUUAAAUUCUUUUAUAUGCCGGAUGUACCCUAAUCCUGAACGUCAGUUCAUUUUAUUCCUUGAGCUGAACAAUGUUCUCUAGUUGUGAUUAAAUGAACCAAGGAAGCAGACAUCAUAACUUUCUUCUACCCCUCAGCCUUUCAUGUACGGUGACUGCAUUGCCUAUGACUGGUGGCUUGGAAAAGUGUAUGAUUUAAAGAACCAAAUCAUCCUGAAGCUCUCCAAUGGUGCCAGGUAUGUCUGUUGCUUCUGUUACAGAGCAUGCCUUUAAUUUCUUGGUUGAGUAAAUGUAAGUCAGCCUUCCCAUAUGUUUUUUUAAUUAUUAUUUCAACUCUCUUCGGCUAUACCGGCUUGAGCUGAUGGGAGUUGUCAUCCAAAACAACUGGAGGGGGCGCCGGGUUGGGGAAGGGUGGCAGAUUUCAGCUAUCAUCCUGUGCACAUUGUCUUCAUGGGAUAAGUCCCAUUAAACUUCAUAGAACGUCUGCGUAAACACUCACAGGGCCGGGCAGUUAUAUUGCUAAAGAUCUUCCUAUGCUUGUGUGCUCAGCCAUGCAGACAAGCAUCUGAGGCCCCCCCCACCAAAAGAGACUGGGUCUCUGGACUCAGGUAGUUUGGUAUGAGGAGAGAUGCUGCAACAAAUACCCAGGUCCCACAUCUUUAACACAUAAAGCCUUUAAUCUUAGCACCUUGAAUUUGACCCGGUAAGAUAUAGGCCAGACCUUGAUUUGGUCAGUGAACCUGAUCAGUAUCUCCUCCUUCUUCACAUGUGUAGCCCAACUUCGACAGCUAGGCAGAACCACCCACCAGUGAAUCAUCUGAUGUCACAAUGGCAACAGGUGAUUGACACCAGACAAAACUCAAAGCAGGUUGCUGUGACUGUCUAUCAGCUGAUCGUUGGUGACAGGAAGCCCCUUUGGAGUCUCUGCAGGGGGGCAAAAUGUUCCUAAAAAUUGAGCAUCUUGCCUUCUGUGGAGAAAGCAGUUCACCUUCAAAAUGCUUCCUCCAUUGGUUUGAAGACAAACUGCCUUCUCUAGAAAGAAAAAAAGCUCCGGUUUUAAACUGAUUUUUUCUUUCUUUCCAGAGAAAGCAGUUUGCAUUCAAAGCAUUGCAGGAAUCACUUUGAAUCUAAGCUGCUUCCUGCAGUCCCCUCGACAGCACUAGAGAGAUUCCAAAGGGGGGGGACCUCCCUUCCACAGCCAAUUCUAGUUGAUUGUUGAAGCUUUGGUAAUGCAGGGCUUUCUUCAAGCACAGACAAUCAGCUGAUAAUGGGGGGUGUCAAAGUACGUGACACAGGACUUUGCAGGUGCCGCCAAUCAGCCGAGCCCCCUUUUGAUCCAGCUACAGUUUUACUGGUCCUACACCUGAUGUCAUAUAUUACAUCAGGCAAAGGGCAGAUAAGUGAGGCUUGGGCAAAAGGGACUGGUGGGCCUAAUUAGGCCUUGCAGACUGCAGCUUCCUCACCCCUAAUAUAGGCUGCCUGUGCAAAUCCUACAAAAUUGUCGUAGGGGAUAAUAAUAAUAAUAAUAAUUUAUUUAUACCCUGCCCUUCCUGGUUCAAAAACCAGGCUCAGGGCGGCUAACAACAAAUUUAAAACACUUUAAAACACUUAAUUAUAAAAACAGCAUAAAAUACAGUAUAAAAACAUGAAUGACAAUAAAAUUUAAAAAUCAAUUAGAUAAUCCCCAUAUGAUAGUUUGAUAUGAUAUGAUAGAUAAUAUGAUAUGAUAGAUAAUAUGAUAGUUUGUCCCUGACCUGUAAUACUUCUCAAAGCAUCCCCAUACCUAUUCCAGAUUAAACACAUUGAAUAGUACUUUUUAAAUGGAAUGAUAUCCAAUAUCUUCCAUCUGCAUGGCUUAGUGUUGUUAAAUCUAGAUAUAAGAGCAUGCUAACACAUAUUUGCCAUUAAAAAAGUAGUGCUGACUCUUGCAAAAUCUCUGUGUGUGUUUUUAACAAUUAUUGCUUUUCCUUAGGUGUUCUAUGAGCACAGAGGAUGCAGCAAAGCUCUAUGAUGUCUGUCCACAUGUCAGCGACUCAGUAAGUUCCCCCUCUUUGUUAGAAUAGUUCUCUGUAGAGAUACCUUUUAUUAUAUGGGCCCCACUUGUGGGGUUCACAUCUAUCUGAUGGAUUAUCCAGUGUUUGAAAUUUGGAGGUAAGGAGCAGGCUUUGUUGCUACCACAACAAUAGUAAAGUGCCUCUUCCCCACACAGUGAUUGACAGCCUUCCAUUUAUAUGGGAGAAAGUACAUGUUUUCAUAUAAGAAUAUUUCUAUACACCAGCAGCAGCAUCAUCAUUAUUAUUACUACUUACUUACUUACUUAUUUACUUAUACUCUGCGCAUCUGACUGGGUUGCCCCAGCCACUCUGGGUGGCUUCCAACAGAAUAUAUAAAAAUACAAUGAAACAUUAUUCAUAAACAACUUCCCGAUUCAGAGCUUCCUUCAGAUGUCUUCUAAAGAUUAUAUAGUUACUUAUCUCUUUGACAUCUGAUGGGAUGGCAUUCCACAGAGUGGGUGCCACUGCUGAGAAGGCCCUCUUGCCUGGUUCCCUUAACCUCACUUCUCGCAGUGAGGGAAUCGCCAGAAGGCCCUUGGUGCUGGAUCUCAUUGUGUGAGCUGAACGAUGGGGUUGGACACUACUUUAGGUAUACAGUGCAGAGGCUGUUUAGGGCUUUAAAGGUCAGCACCAAUACUUUGGCUCCAAGUACAUUUCGGAGCACAAUUCAAUGUGGGUCUUUCAGGACUAGUGUACUGUAAUAUGGUUCCGGUGGCUGCUCCAAGUCACCAUUCUGGCAGCCACAUUCUGGAUUAGUUGUAGCCCCAUAUAGAGCACAAACACAGAACACAUCAUUAAUCAACAGAUCAGCUUACUCUCAAAUGGUGGACCAGGACCCACCAGUGGGCCUUAGGACCACAGCCUCCACAGCCCAGCCCCCUAACCACACUGUAGCAUGUGUGAAAGGAGAAUGGAAAAAGUUGCAGGAGAUGGGUACUUUUGAGUACUUUUGAGAUAUAUAUGGGAAGGGAAAAGUAUAAAAGAAAAAGCCCACACUUAGAACCUCCAAAUCAGCCUAAAAUGUGGAGGCUGAGUCACAGUGCCUCCAAAACAAAGUCUGUAUUUAAUUUGAGGAUUACUGAACUGUGAAACGCCUUACCAAAAGGAAAACGUUAUAGCAAAGAAUUUAGCAAUUUGCAAAGAUGGGUUGGAUAUCAGUAGAAAAUGUCAGUAAGUGCUCUGAGCACCUUGUGGCGGUUCCCUCAUUAUGAGAAGUGAGCCAAGCAGAGGGCCUUCCCAGUAGUGGCACCCCCCUCCCCAGUGGAACGGCCUCCCAUCAAAUGUCAAGGAAAUAAACAACUAUCUGACUUUUAGAAGACAUCUGAAUGCAGCUCUGUAUAGGGAAGUUUUUAAUGUUUGAUGCUUUACUGUGCUUAAUGUUUUUAAUUUGUUGGAAGCCUCCCAGAGUGGCUGGGGCAACCCACUCAAAUGAGCAGCGUAUAAAUAAUAAAUUAUUAUUAUCACAUUGUUGUUAUUACGGGUGUCAAAAAAUAUACAGCUCUCACAAUGUUCAGAUGUCCACCUUGCCUGUUUGAAAUUUCAUAUGUUUGGAACAAUUGUUUCCACCUUUAUAACUAGGGAAAUAGAGCCAUUGAAUGCAAGAACUCCAGAAGUCACUGAAGAUAAUUCAAUCAUAUUUUCAUGGUAGCUUUUCCAGCUUUGAAAUGCUGCUACUUGGUACGGAAGUAAUUCAAAUGAAACUAGGAGCUGUUUGUUUCUAGUACCUUACGAUGUUUCCUCCACUAUUCAUUAUCCUUCGUACCUAAGAUUUCCCUAGUUGCCUUAGAAACUGCUGUUGUGGUUGACUGUAGCAGAGAAAGAGCACUUCAGGACCAAGGAAUCCUAGAACAAGUUCUGUUCACUUAAGAAUUUUGUUAGUGACUAGCAUUGGACCGGAAUGCAGGAAUCUCAUUCCACAGGGACAAAAUGUGGUCUUAAUCAUACCUGGCUCUGACUUGCACUUCUUUCUUGUAUUGCUUCUUCUUUUCAGGGCCUCUUCUUCGAUGAUUCAUAUGGCUUUUACCCCGGGCAAGUUCUCAUUGGCCCAUCAAAAGUCUUCUCGAAUGUGCAGUGGCUUUCAGGAGUGAAACCUGUUCUUAGCACAAAGAGCAAGUUCAGAGUGGUGGUGGAAGAGGUAUGGCUCAGUGAACUUGACUGUGUUAAGGGAUCACUGCCUUGCCUGGAGUUUUCCGCAAAACAAGCUUUGUUGUGUCCUUUGAACCAAACGCGAUGAAAAAAUAUUCUACAAAAGUUUAGGAUCAAUAAUUGUUUUUAAAUUAUGUACAACUUGUGAGUGAGGACCUCAUCUAUCAUUUGUACUUUGGUUAAACUAGAAAUGACCCCAUUUUCACUUCCACUCCCUGAUUGGUUCUUUGAUUUGAGUCCCCACUCAAGCCCAGCCAUGAAAAAUCUGUAGGAUGAAAAUAGCCUUCAUUUCAUUCUUUAAUGGAAUAAAGGCAAUUUAUACAGAACAAAAAGCAAAAUUGAUUAUAAAUAAUGUAGUCACAGAAGAAAUAAAGAUAGCAAAAGGAACAAGACAAGGAUGUCCACUUUCCCCAUUAUUAUUUAUAAUGGUGUUAGAAGUUCUUUUGCAUUCGAUAAGACAAAAUAGGAAAAUAAAAGGAGUAACAAUUGGCCAAAAUGAAUAUAAAGUUAAAGCAUUUGCAGAUGAUUUGGUAAUAACGAUAGAAGAACCAAUGAACACAGCAAAAGAAGUAUUGGAAGAAAUUGAACAAUUUGGAAGAGUGGCAGGUUUUAGAUUAAAUAAGAAGAAAACGAAAAUGAUUGCGAAGAAUAUGGCAAAGUGUAAUUGAAGUAAUGCAACAACAAACAGAGAUAGAGGUGGUCAGAAAGGUGAAAUAUUUAGGAAUAUGGGUAACCCCCAAAAAUAUAGAUUUAUACAAGAACAAUUACAAACCAGUGUGGAAUGGAAUAAGAAAGGACCUAGAGGUCUGGGGAAGAAUGAAGUUGUCAUUUUGGGGUAGGAUAUCUACAAUUAAGAUGAACGUGCUCCCAAAGAUGUUAUUUUUAUUCCAGACUAUCCAUAUAAUUAAGGGAAACAAGAUUUUCAAAGAAUGGCAAAGAGCAAUUUCAAGAUAUAUUUGGCAGGGCAAAAAGCCGAGAAUUCAGUUUAAGUUAUUAACAGAUGCGCAAGAAAGAGGAGGCUUUGCCCUGCCGGACUUGAAAUUAUAUUAUGAGGCAUCUUGCCUUUGCUGGUUGAAAGACUGGAUAAAACUAGAAAACAAGGAACUGUUAGAUUUAGAGGGGUUUGAUAACAGAUUUGGGUGGCACGCGUAUUUAUGGUAUGAGAAAAAGAAAAUCCAUAAAGGUUUUGAGAGCCACAUCUUCAAAGGUCCUUUGAUUGAAGUAUGGGAUAGGUAUAAAAACCUAUUAGAACCUAAAGUACCACACUGGUUAUCUCCGUUAGAAGUCAUGAGUGUAAAGAAAAUUAAUAUGAGAGGCAAUUGCAUCACAUAUGGUCAACUGCUAUUUAAAGAAAGGGGUAAAUGGAAAAUGAAACCAUACGAACAAGUUAAAGAACAUGUAUAUGAUUGGUUGCAUCAUUUUCAAAUAAAUGAAAUGUUUAGGAAAGAUAUCAAAGAUGGUGGUUAUGCUGAUAAAGAUUCAAAAUUUCAGACUGAAAUAAUAAAUAAUGAUUACGAAAUUCAAUCCAAAAUGUACAAGCUGUUGUUAGAAUGGAAUUUAAAAGAUGAGGAAGUUAAGUCAGUAAUGAUACACUGGGCCAGAGAUGUUGGAUAUAAUAUACAAUUUGAGGAUUGGGAAAAACUAUGGAAAGAAAAUCUAAAAUUUACAGCAUGUAUGACGUUAAAAGAGAAUGUUAUGAAAAUGUUUUAUAGAUGGUAUAUAACACCGGUGAAAUUAGCAAAAAUGUAUAAGACAUGUAAUAAGUGUUGGAAAUGUAAAGAUAAAGAAGGCUCUUUUUAUCAUAUGUGGUGGGAAUGUAAGAAAGUGAAAGGCCUCUGGGAAAGGAUAUAUAAUGAAUUGAAGAAGAUUCUAAAAGAUACAUUUACAAAGAAACCCAAAGCCUUUCUGUUAGGAAUACUAGGAAAUGAGAUAAAGAGAAAGGACUGUAAAUUUUUCCAAUAUGCAGUGACUGCAGCAAGAGUGUUACUGGCUCAGAAAUGGAAACAACAGGAAAUACCGACAGUAGAAGAAUGGAGAAUGAAGCUGUUAGACUAUGCUGAGUUGGAUAAAUUGACUGGGAAAAUUAGAUACCUAAGAGACCAAAAGUUCAUCGAGGACUGGGGGAAAUUUGUGGAAUAUCUGGAAAGUAUAAGUGAGGGACAGAUAACUCUAGAGGGGUUUAAAAAAGCACUGUGAAAAACGAAGAAGUAUUGUUUAAAGAGAAAGGAAAUUAAGGGUAUAAAUAAUGACAAUAUAAAUUACGAAAUGCGCAUUUAAAAUAAUGACUAUGGAUGAUUUAUGGAGAAGCUGAAGGAAGUCCAGAAAAGAAGCAAUUUGUGAAAAUUGGAUGUGAAAAAUUUUAUGUAUGUUUUGUUUUGUUGUAAAUUAAUAAAAAAAAAUUAUUAAAAAAAGAAAGAAAAAAAAGAAAAUAGCCUUCAUUUUAGAUUGUAUCAAUGUUGGUAUAUGAAUGGAACAAUCUAAGUGAUGCCAGCUUGAUAAAAAGCAGGUUUGUUUGAAUUGUUUCCAAAAAGCAAAUAACUGCUUCUUCAUGCUAUAGCUACUUAGGUCUGAUACGGUUAUGCAGCACCAAAACCGAGAUAAUAGUCCUAGACAAACUAAAGGCAUUCUGUGAGUUGGACAAAAGAUACCAAAGUAUGUCUUAACAACUUCAGUAACAAAAUGCUACUUGAUAUUUAAUCUCGUGAAAUUUUCUAAAACCAUUGUCUUCUCUCCUCUGCCUUGUUUUCCUUAGGUGCAGGUGGUGGAGUUGAAAGUGACUUGGAUCACUAAAAGUUUCUGUCCUGGAGGAACAGAUAGUAUAAGUCCCCCACCGUCUUUAAUCACCCAAGAGAACUUGUCUAGGUAAGGAGUUCUUCAUAUUAAUACCCUAAAAGCACUCCCCAAUUAAAUUACUUUCUGCCAGAAGGCUGCUACCAGAAAAGCAAUAGUUUACUUGGAUGAAAACAAAGUUAUUGCUAUAGUAUUUAGUGCAAACAUUUGAGGUGGGAUGGUGAAUGAUCUAAUAAUCUGAAAUGGCAUGUGUACAGCUGUUUGUGUGCUGUAACAGAGCAAAGGACUUUAACAAUCUGCUUAUUUUCCUCCUGCACAUUCAAACUUCAUAGUAUGCUUCAUAUAAGAGAACAUUCCCCUUUGUCCUGCAUUAACAAAUACUUUUGCACUGUUGAAUUAAGCCUAAACCCAUGUAAAAUGAGGAAGUACUGUCAUUGUCUCCUAAACAGUCCCCCCCCCCCCAAAAAAGUUAUCAUCUUGUAAGUAUAUGAAAGCCCCUGUAGAGGUGUCAGGCAGUCCUAGGACCUUGGGGGAAACUGUAUCAGCCAGCAGUAAGGUGGUAUCACGGUCACCUUGUUUUUGACAGGGUAAAGCGCCUGGGGUGCUUUGACCAUGCUGAGCGGCAACUUGGAGAAAGGUGUCUCUAUGUGUUUCCUGAGAAGGUGGAGCCGGCAAAAAUCACAUGUGAGUGCCCAGAGAGAAACUGUGUUCUGGGAGAAGGAUCUGUUGCCAAAAAGGUACGUAUGCUGGCAUCGUUUGGCUGAUAAUAUCAAACUGCUUCACAGAACAUCAAACUUCUUUGGAAAGUUCUUUUAUUCAGAAUUUCUCUAGACUGUUUUGACAGUCUUGUUAAGAUGAUAAUCCGCUGAUGUGAUUAAGAUAAUGGUAGUGAGCUUUCGGGAACUAUGCACCCUUGUACUCCUUCUGCAGCCUCCUCUGUAUUGAGAGCACAUUUUCCCUUACCCACACGUAAGAGAAAUACUUGCACCAGUGUUGAUUGCAAUUAGAGCUUGAGUUGGUGCCCUGCUUAACCAAUAUUCUUAACCAUCUUCAGGUGCCAGAAGAAUACCAAUUAAGUGAAGUACCUGCUUAGCCUUAACCAUAAUCCAUGUCUGGUGUUCAUGUUUCCCUAAAAUAUAUGUCAGGAAGGAGGCAGUGGCUCAGUGAAACUGUGUGAUCCCACAGUUAAGAAAGCAAAUUGCCAGUAGCACUGUGGCACAAAAGAUAUGAUACUUGAUGAUCAGAGAAAAUGUGAACUUGUUGAGCUGAAUGGUCUAUAGACAGAGAGUUGUUAUGGGAUGAGUUUGCCUUCAUUUGGCAACUGUUGCAUUCAUUAGAUAAGAACUGAUUGAGAAGCGAUUUGUAACCUCCUAUGAUCAAUUUAUGUGAAAAAUAUGUUAACGGGCAUAUGAAUGUCCACCCGAUUUUGAUGCAUUCCACUGAUGGUCUCUGUCUUUAGAGUAAAUCUCUGUUGAUUGGCCCCUUCAGUGAUCCUAAAUGCGAGAUGGAGAUUUGUUUAGAAUCCACAUUGCAGGUGGUUGUUUAAAUUCUUUCAGAGAUUUCGAGUAGAAAAAAAAUUCUCUCUUUUUUUUAGCUUUGACCAUCCAACAUAUUCAUUCCACCGUUCUGAGACAGUGGCUCUGUUCUCAUGUAAUAUUUAUCCAAACCAUGACUUAGCAUGAACGCACAGGCUCCUUCCUGGAGAAGUCCCAGCUGCUUUGCUCCUCUUCUGGCCCUGUUUGCUACUGUUCUGAGCUAAACCAAUGACAUUGGCUUAGUGUGUUGUCCAAACCGGGGCUCAUGAUUGUCUAGAGCAAAACAAACCACCAGCCCUGGGUGUAGACAAAAAGAUGGAGCCAAACCAUUGCUUGGCUCAGAACAGCGCAGCAGGAGCAGAGAAUUUGAAAAGCACCCACAAUUGCCUCUCCGAGAGUCUGCACAUUCCCACUAAGGCAUGGUUUGGCUUGGUGUUAUGUGUGUAGCAGGGACUCAGCUAUACAGCUGCAAACAGAAUGUUUUACGUGUGUUGUAAGUGCAUUAUACAAAUGUGACACUAGAUGGCAGUGGCAAGCUUAUGGCAAAUUCAAUAUAUUUUUCAAAAUGCUUUUAAAAAAGCACUUUCACAGCAUUUUUUGUAUGUUUCUAGAUUCAACCCAGGUCAGUGGCUCUCUGCAAUUCACGUUGCUUAUUACCUACAUGGGAUUCCCCCCCCCCCCGAGAUUAUUCAUUCAUUUCAAUGCACAGUGAGGGGGAAAGUAACUAGCUCAGAAUUGUGUGUAUCGAUUGAAUUUAACAAGCACCUGAGAGCCAGUGUGGUGUAGUGGUUAAGAGCGGUAGUCUCGUAAUCUGGGGAACCGGGUUCGAUUCCCCGCUCCUCCACAUGCAGCUGCUGGGUGAUCUUGGGCUAGUCACACAUCUUUGAAGUCUCUCAGCCUCACUCACCUCACAGAGUGUUUGUUGUGGGGGAGGAAGGGAAAGGAGAAUGUUAGCCGCUUUGAGACUCCUUAAAGGGAGUGAAAGACGGGAUAUCAAAUCCAAACUCUUCUUCUUCUUCUUCUUCUUCUUCUUAGGUCAAGUAUGAAUAUGCAUUUGUCAUGGUUUCUGUCCCUCUCCCAUGCAUGUUUAUAUUGCUUCUACCAAGUGUAGAAAGGAAACUACACAAUUAAAAUAAUACAGCUAAGGUGUACUGUGCUAGAUAUAGCUGCCUCCUUCCUUUUUGAAGUACUUUUGGACCUUUCUGCUCUACUUAUGUUUCAGUGAAUUUAUUUUUUUUCCUGCCUAGCCUGUGGAUGUAGCUUCUUAAUACUUACAAUUGCUAAAUAUCUUCACUUUAAUAGUCAUUCAAAUAUAUUGAGGGUUUUGGUAUCUUUCCAUUAUCAGAUGUAUACCAUUCUAGCAGCUACUUUUGACAGUGAAAAAGAGUUUAACAUAUUUGUUAAUAAUGAACAAAAUAUGGAAAUUCACAUAUUUCUAAAGAAUGCUCUUAUUUAACUUGGAUAGGACAGCUUAUUAGCAUCUUCCAGUGUCUUGUUGUAAUAACGUGCUACGUUUCAUUUCUGCCCUUGUAGUUUUAGUUUAUGGACAAUUUACUCUAGCUGUUCAUAGUGCAAUUUGCUUAGCUCUGUUAGUAACAGGUAGGUCUGUGUCUCUCAUUACAGUAUUUCUUUAAUGAGAAUUUUGGGGACUACAUUCCUUAAUCCUGCUUGCAGAUCCAACCAAGUGCAGUCUACAGGCAUUAAUAGUGGUUUACCAUAGGCUCAAUUAACCCCCUGUUUUUGUGAUCUUUUUGAGGGAGGUUGUUAAGCGUCUGACAGGCCACGAAACAUGGUUGUCUGUCUGCUUAGCUCACUAGUUUAGCAGCCUGCGUUAAGUAGUUUCAUGUGUCACUAUAGUGGUAUUUUUUUCCUACAAAAUCAGAAUUUACUUCUAAGAAAAUGGAACCAAAAUUUUCUAAAUCUCCCCUUUGGGUUAAAAUAUGAAUAAGAUGCAAUCAAACUGUGAAUCAUUUCUUUGGACUUAAUUUUCCUCUUUAAAUAUUCCCAUGCUUUCAUGAAUAAUACCAAAACUGUGGUGUUUAAUAUUGCAGAUGGCCUGUCCUUGUUUCGUAUCCAACGUAAAGCCUGAAAAGGUACUGUACUAAACACUUAUUCUAUAUCUGUUUUUUAAAAGCCUUGAACUUCCUCCUGUACGGUAGCUAAGUGUCUCCAAUUUCAGCAUUCAAAUGCCACCUUCCUCCAAAAAGACUGUUAAUAUUCUAAAUAGCUUAUUUUUCCAUGUAAACUCAUCAGCAGAUUUUGACAUUUGUUGAUCUCUUUCUAGAUAAACCCACAUUGCUUAAGAAGAGUCUAUUUGUAGGUGUCAUUCUUUUUAAGUGCCAUAAUUCCUCCUCCAGGGAAAGGUUAUCUUAACCUUUUUAAGAACAGCUUAGCCAAUUCUAACUUCAUUUUGUAUAAUUUUGAUAAUCUUCUAAAUUAGUAAUAAUAAGGUUCAUGUCCGUCCGCGUGAUAGAGAUAUGCCAGGAGGAAAGUGCAUGUUUUAACAGAAAUCUGUAUAAUAUUCACGGCAACACUUAUCUCCCCAUCCUGACAGAGGAGGCCCCUGCUGGUUGAGGUCACCAGGCAGAAGGGGUGUUGGCAGGUCUUGCUCCCCUGACAACAGUGCUUUGCAUUUUGCUAUAGAAGUAGAUAAUAUCUUAUCACCUGGAGACAGGAGCAUGGCCUGCCCUUGAUGAUGGCAGUGUCUGGAAUAACUGACAUGUUUUCUCCUCUCAUGGCUGCCUUAGAUGCUGCUUAUUUCCUUUGUUACAGAACUCAGUGGGGGCAACCUAAAUGGUAUCCACUCCAGUUAGUGCAACUAAAUAUUACCAUCCAGGUUUCUAAGCUCUUCUUUGCUGUAGUGAGAGGAUUGUAGGCAUGAGGACACCUAGGGAGGGAGGAGAGCAUAAAUGCCUCCCAGACCUGGAAGUUCUCUUGUGCAAGUACCUCCUAGGGAAUUUUCUCCGCAUCAGGACUUACUCCUGGUUUUGAAACUUGGCAGGAUAUAUGUGGGAACCAGUUACUAACAUCUGGGUUGCGCAUUUACAGGGGAGAACUGACGGUGCAGAAAAAUAAUGUUUAAAGUAUUCUGCUUUCUGAUUCUCCCCCACACAUCCUCUUCUCUUUCCCCCCACCUUUUGUAUUUGCAAUAUGAGGGAAACACAGUUGGGAACCUCACUUUUCUCUGUGUUGGUAUGUGUUGACAUGACAAUACUCUGAAUUGCCUUGUGUCAGUUAUGACACAUUAUAGACUGUAAUGAGCCCAAGAACUUAGGUUUUUAUAUUGAUACUUGCCACCACAAACUAGCUGAUGGGCAGUGACUUCAAUCCUGCUUUCUGCAGGGAUCAGCUGCAGUUCCCCAUUGGGAAAGUCGGUUGCUCUUCCAAUCCAGCCAUGUCUAUACCUGCCACACACCUGAUUGCGCAUAUAAUGUCAGGUGUGGGGCAAGUGAGUGCAAUUUGGGGGAAAUUGCCCACAGGCUGGAGGUUCUCAGUCCCUAAACUAGAGUGACAGGAGUUUGGGGGGGGGGGUUAAAUGUAUAAAUUGAUUACUAAACUUUCUGUCGGGGUGUGUGGCUCUUGGGUGGAAAGAGAACAGAAUCUAGUGGGGAGUACCGUUGUCGGGGACGGUGCUCUGCUGGCUUUGAAUAAUGAAUAAGGUUUUAGUUUUAUAUUUAAUCAUAGCUGAUUCUUUGUAUUCCCUCCAUGACUUAACAUUAAGGUAUAAUGGCUUUAGAUUUAUUGCUAUGAAGCUAAAUGUAAUGUUGGGGAUAUGAAGUCCUCCUAGAAAAAGUUAAUCUUCCUCCUGGAAAGCAAGGAUAGCUUCACUACUUCGGAGACUUGUUCCUGCCACUUUUUGCAGUGCAAUUUCUGCUAAAUGCCAGUAAACGUACUUAAGAAAUAAGUUUGAACAGAAAACCAUAGUAAUGGUGCUAUUAAAAAAAAAACUUGGUGAGAGAGGUGCAUUGUAAAGGCUAGGCAACUGAGUCCCAGUUGGGCAACAUAGUAUAUUAAUAAGGCCUUCUUAAGAAUGUCUCAAGAACUAUUGUGUUUCACCUUGCCAGUGCAUUUACAGCUAAUGAACUUUUAAAGUCUCUUCCUCCACACUCUCCUCUUACUGUAUUUUCCUGGCCCCAUGCUGGCCUCUUAAGGCCUCUGUGGCCUUUGGCUACUUGUGCUUUUAUCCGCAUCACCUUGGAUACCUGAAAGUGACAUGAUGUUGUCUUGCCGGUUUGUCUUCAUUGCUCUUCUUAGUGGGCUGGACCUGCUUUGCAACAUCCAGAACUGAGUCAUUCUGAUGGAGAAACCUAGAAAUGGCCUGCCGGGGGUGUUUCCUGGGUCAGCCAGUCAUAACCACUGUGGGUUUUAGUAAUGUUGGUACAAGGACCACUCUACCUAUGCAAAAGGACUUCCUCUCCCCCUCCUCUCCCCUGUGUUCUUUGAAAUGAGCCAAUUGUACAGGCAGAAGUCCUUGUGCUAAUGGGACAAGAUUGCUGGAUGCAACCCAGUUGCUUGUUGCUUCUCAAUAGAGUGGUCACUACUCCUGUAGAGAACUCUGGGCUAGCAAGGAAGACUUGCCCUUCAGUCUUCCAGUGAAAGCAGUCUUAACUCAAGGGCCAAAAUGCUAAAGGAAAAUAGAGUCCAAGGAUUGCGUAGAAUACAAAACCGUUCAUCUGCUCAACUCAGCAGCAUGAUUAGCUCUGGCUAAAACUCUUCCUACAUCUUGGGCUGCAUCUGUUGACCAUCCUUUAUUUUCUGUAGGUGAGGAGAUUGUUGAAGAAGCAGAUAGUGAAGAUCAUGUCGAUAUCCCCAGACUCGCAGGCUGCCCUUGACCUCCCUGAAGCAGAAUCUGCUGCAGCAGGUGACCAACCAUCUGAAGAACCUAAAGCCGGCUUAAAAUGUGAACUAGAGGACUCUGCCCAUGAUGCUGUAAGCUUACAAGAAGUAAAGGAAGAGCACCUUGAUGGAACGGGAAAAGGCGUCCCUUGCGAAGCAGCUGGGCUGCAGUUGCAACCACCAUUUGUUCUGAAACGGAAUGAUGGCUCCUCAGACUACAAGCUCCAGUCAAUAGAACAGGAUGCUGACGACGAAGCAGCAGAUGACACAGACGACACCAGCUCUGUGACCUCUUCUGCCAGCUCCACAGCCUCUUCCCAAAGCGGCAGUGGCACAGGGCGCAAGAAGAGUAUCCCACUCUCCAUCAAAAACCUCAAGAGGAAGCAUAAGAAGAAGAAAACCAAGGUUUCCCGCGAGUUUAAGCCAGGCGACAGGUAAGGCUGCCCUUAAACAUGCCAUUAAAUCCUGCCAGUUCUGAGUUUUCAGUCAAAUGUGAGUGCGUGUUUAAAAUGCCCAUGGCGCAAGGAUUUGUGCAACAUCAUCAGGAUGGGUUUUUAGUUCGACGGCCUGUGUAGAACGUUCACCUUGGUCAUGUUUCAAGAGAAAUGCAAAGAGCAAACUGCAAUGACUCCAUGGAUGCCCAAUAUGAGGCGAGUGUGUGAAUUCAGGCCUCACAGAUCUCUGUAGAAUGAAUAAAAUUAACCCAGGUAAAGGCACCAGUCUGACUGCCUUUUCCCAUUCUCUGGGACCAAGUAACCCAAAACCCCAGUUUCUACUGCAGCCUUAUAAACAUCUGCCUUCCGGGAUUUAAAAAACACUUUAGGAAAGAGUAGAAUUUUAUCCAAUUUUAACUGUUCCUGCUGUGCUCGGUGCAGAGGCCAACUGGGAAGUCCAGCAGUGCCACGUCCCGUCCACCACCAGCUCCUCCAGCUUCUUCAUCCACACCUUUGCCAACAUGGUGGCAAAGGUGGCCAGUGAGGGGAGCAAGUGGGUGGGUAGUUGAGUCCAUCAGGCAGGAGAGAGAAAGAGGCCACAAUAAAUAUGCUAAGGGGGGCUCAGGAGGAUCCCAGGGGCCUGAAUGAGCUUGCAGCCGGUGACUCGGAGAUCUGCCUCAGUCUCAGCGUCCAGGCCGCUGCCAAUGGAAGGCAUGAAGCGGAGGCAGCUGGCAGGGGUGGAGGAACAGAUGUGGGGGUGGGGUGAGGGGACUCUGCUCCAGAUCCCUGCACCUCAGAAAUGGAGUCAAGGAGGGCAGAGCAAUGAAGAAAGGUAGCACUUAUUCUUUAUACAGGAUACUAGUCUCCACAAACAGGGACGCGGGUGGCGCUGUGGGUUAAACCACUGAGCCCAGGACUUGCCGAUCAGAAGGUCAGCGGUUUGAAUCCCCGCGACGGAGUGAGCUCCCGUUGCUCAGUCCCUGCUCCUGCCAACCUAGCAGUUCGAAAGCACACUAGUGCAAGUAGAUAAAUAGGUAUCGCUCCAGCGGGAAGGUAAACAGCAUUUCCGUGGCUGCUCUGGUUCGCCAGAAGCAACUUAGUCAUGUUUGCCACAUGACCCGGAAGCUGUACGCCGGCUCCCUCGGCCAAUAAAGUGAUAUGAGCGCCGCAACCCCAGAGUCGGCCACAACUGGACCUAAUGGUCAGGGGUCCCUUUACCUUUACCUAGUCUCUACAAAUACACUCCACGCUCCUAUGUAUCCUCCAUCAAGGGAAGGAAAAAGCAUUAUCCCCAUUGGUUGGCACAUUCCAUCUAGGCAAACACAGUCAAGGGCCGGUACUGGAUGUGGUUGGGGAAGGGAGAUAGAGAGGCCUGUGAAGAGUCCCAAGGAAGGGCAAAUAGAGAGGCUUGGGGGACUACGUUUAAACCAUGGGCCUAGGGUUCUCCACUCCUGCUUUAAGAAGUACUGUAUAUGAGCUGCAGUAUCAUGCCCAUUCAGCUGUAAGAUGUCAGUCCAACCUCUUUUACCACCAUUAAAAAGAGGGGGAAAUUAAGCUGCAAGGCAAUAGGCAUGUGUCACCAUUUUAAGUUUACAGUGACUAUAAGGUGGUUUAAAAUCAACUGCAUACAGUACUGACAACUAGGUUAUCUGUUAGUCACUACCCAUUGCUUCCAGCCAAUUAGAUAAAAUUGCAAGUUCAUCUUGAAUCAUGUCCUACAAGCCUAAAAAUAGAUAUAAAAGCUUUUUUAGAAAUCAAAUGGUACCCAGAAUGUUUUCUGCAGCAGCUGGCCGAGAUCAUUCUUGAGACGUUUUGGGCCACUUGUUCUUCCCAGUUAGAUAGAACAAUGGUUGGUGCUUGAUGAGAACAGAAGCUGCUGAAGCACAUAGUUGAAAGGAGCUAGUUUCAUCUGAUGUGAUUGCUAUUGGUGCGAUCAGAAGGCCCCAUUUUGUCUGACUCCACUUGCUGUAGGAGGCGUCUUCUGUAAUUCGCUGCCUUUUUUGGUCACAGGGUUGCUGUGGAAGUGGUGACCACGAUGACUUCAGCUGAUGUGAUGUGGCAGGAUGGCACAGUGGAGAAAACCAUUCGUUCCAAUGAGCUGUUUCCUGUCCAUCACUUGGACAACAACGAGUUUUGCCCUGGGGAUUUUGUGGUGGACAAAAGAGGUAAUUGGUGUGAUGUGCAUUGUUUUCACCUUUACAAUUGUGUUUUGAGUCUGGCUCUUUAGACUGCCGAUAACGUUGAAUGUAAUAACACUGGCAUCGUCCACUUUUAGCAUUUUCCCUGAAAAUCUCGUCUUGUUGAUGAACUUUGACCCUCACAAUUGUUAAAGUAAUAAAUUGGAUAAUGUGGCACCCCUUUGUAUUCGAGCAUUAGUGAAAGGUCUUUUUGCCUAUUCACCCUAUUGUAAAUUAAUUUAUCCUGGUGCUUUAAAAAAACAUACAGGUAGUCCUCCUCUUGAGAUACCAAGUACCUCAGAUACAAUAUGGCAACUGUGCCUGUUAUAUUUGGCAGAUAGAAUUUCUCCAAAGAGAAUAAGCCACUCCUCAGUUUGUGUCUAAAAUCUGUCUCCAUACAGUAUUUUCAUUAGUGGACCGUAGAUGAAAGGAAAAGGGGCUGUAUUCAUUUAAAUAGGAUUAGCACUAGCGCAGUGUGAUUUCCCUAUUCUCCUCCCCUAUGUGUGCCCCAUGCUAUCCCUAAAUCUGCUCCAGAGAGUUGGGGGAACCCUCAGACCAGAUUUAGUGGGUGCACAGGGGGAGGAGAGGGAAACAAUCCACUUAAUUCUAUCUUGAAUAUGACCCGAGGAGCGCAAGUGUUUGAAUAUUCUUUCUACUUAUCUAUUAAGAGACUUCCAGUCCAUAACAGACUCCCACGAGAGGUGGUGGACUCUCCUUCCUUUGGAGGCUUUUAAGCAGAGGUUGGAUGGACAUCUGUUAAGGAUGAUCUAGUUCAGGGGUGGCCAACUCCCAAGAGACUGCAAUCUACUCACAGAGUUAAAAACUGGCACCGAUCUACAGUGGUGCCUCGCAAGACGAAAUUAAUCCAUUCCGCGAGUCUCUUCGUCUUGCGGUUUUUUCGUCUUGCGAAGCACGGCUAUUAGCAGCUUAGCGGCUUAGCGGCUAUUAACGGCUUAGCGGCUUUAAGAAAAAGGAAACAAACUCGCAAGAACUCGCAAGACGUUUCGUCUUGCGAAGCAAGCCCAUAGGGAAAUUCGUCUUGCGGAACGACUCAAAAAACGGAAAACUCUUUCGUCUUGCGCGUUUUUCGUCUUGCGAGGCAUUCAUCUUGCGAGGCACCACUGUACUCCCUUUUUUGGGGUUCGGGUCAAAGUUGUUGAGGUUUUUUUAGGGAUACAGGUCAUAGUUGUUGACCUUUUUUAGCGGGGGGUGCAGGGCUAAAAUGUUGCACUUCUUUAGGGGAGCCAAAGUUAUUGAGCUUCUUUGGGGGGAGCCAGUGAUCUACCAGUGAACUACCUUUUGGACGUGCCUGAUCUAGUUGAGAUUCUUGUGUUGCAGGCGGUUGGACUGGAUGACCCUUGGGGUGCCUUCCAAUUCUGCAAUCCUAUGAUUCUAAUCCUUGUGGAAUAUUAGUCCUUUUCCCACUGUUGUUUGCCUAAGCCUCUAGAAAAAGAGGAUUUGACGCUUCAGUAUGCUGCUCUCUCUUAUUGGAGUCUUCUUUCUUCAAUCCUAAAUAGCACAGGGUUCUCAGGAUCCUGGGAUGUAUGGAGUGGUGCAGUCAGGUGACCAUGUUGGCCGCACCUGUGUGGUGAAAUGGUUCAAGUUGAGGCCUAGUGGAGAUGAUGUUGAGGUAAGAAGUAAAGGUCCUUGUCUUGUGUGCCCUUAUUAUGUUUAUGUGGACUUUUAUUCAUUGUACACUUCAGUAUCCUGGAAAAGCUGUAUUUAAAAGUGAUAGAUACAGCGCUGACUUUUUUCCUUUCCAGUCUUUUCCCCAAUAAACCCUAAUGCGGAUUUUAUCUUUUUUCAAUGCCAGAUCAAGGUUAGGUGUCAGAACUUAAGUAAAAAGGAGAAUGUGUGUGUUUUUCAUACUCUCAGAUCCUCUUACUGGAUCCUCCUUUAUGUUAAAUGUUAACCUGGGCGGAUUGAUUUAUUCUCAUCCUCUGUUUUGGUGCCAUGUGGGGAAGAACAGGAGCCCCGAAUGAGUGUAUUGUAGAAGGUUAGAGCUUGGUGCAGAUGGACAGGACUGUACAGUCCUCCUUUCACGGGACUCUACCACUUUAAGUGCCGACCUCUUUUAGUCAACUCUUCAGAGCUCUUUUAAAGAUUAUACAUGCACGAGACCUUGUACCAGAUAUCUCAACGCAGCAGCAUGGAGCAGAAUGUCUUGAGUUUCAGGAUGUUGUUCUUGGAAGCAUUUAGGAACAAGGAUUGGUCUUAAACAUGGUGUGUUCUUUGCCAGCUGAUUGGGGAGGAGGAGGAUGUCAGUGUGUAUGACAUCGCUGAUCACCCAGACUUCCGCUUCCGCACGACUGAUUUUGUGAUCCGCAUUGGCAAUGCGGAGGAUGGUGCUUCAGUUGGUGAAAAUGAGGUAGGUCUUGCAUGUCCUUGGGGCCUAAUACUGUGGGAGGGGGAAAUGCAGUUGCCAGAUUCCUCUGUGCCUUGGUUUGGGCUGAAAAGGAAUAGGCCGUCUUGUCCUGCUUAGUGUUCCUAAUAGACAUGCAUCCUUGCACACUUUCUAGAAGAAGGGAGGCUCUUCUCUUUCGGCACAUACAUAGAACUGAGGUCCUCCCCUUGUAGCAGAUGCAAUAGCUAACCGGAACGUAACAAUGAGGUCAGCGGAAUCUAUCGGCCGCAGAAGCGUAAAGCUUACAUAAUUUGAGUGGAGAGAUGAUACAUGCAUGAAUUAAUAGCCUAAAAGGCCAUCGUGCCUCUUCCUAAUUGCCUUCUUCAGUAAUGAAGCUGUGCAGAGAAAUCUGCAGACCUGAAACUUCUAAACAGCUUAUGAACACCAACAUAUCACUCGGCUUCGGGUACAAUUUGAAUUGGGCUUUUUAAAUUCUCGUCUCUGGCAUCGUAUUGAACAUUGCUGAGCAAGUGACAGAGACAGCCUAUUGUGAACAUGUUCAGCAUAUAUACAAGGCCAGGUUCAGCGUGGAUCAUCUCUGUGAGGAAACCACAUAAAGACGCCAUCUGCCGAGGGGGAAAAGGUUUGAAAGGCUCAAACGCCAGUUCCUCAAUCCACCGCAAGAUGGCAGCCCUGUCAAAUACUUUAAAAAUGGAUUCUUCAGAGAGACUGGAGAUGAGUAGCGCUGAGGUCGUUUUAAUGUACAGUUCACUGUCUUUGAGGUGGAUUUGUUUUGGAAAUAUCCUGCACGGGACAUCCCCCUCCGUAAAAUUGCAGCAGCAAGAAUCAUUACAAUUUCUCUUGGCUUACUCUAUCCUCCUCUUGCUUAUGCAUCCCACUUGCUUGAAGAAAGUAGUUGCUAACUGCUGGUAUUCUAGAAGGUAGAGUUCAGCUGGCUCUAAGGCUUGUUCUGUUUUGUUUCCAUAGCCCUCUGUGGGUCAGGUGGCCCGUGUGGAUUUCAGCAGCAAAGUGGAAGUUGUGUGGGCUGAUAACUCCAGGACAAUCGUUCUGCCACAGGUAAGCUGCCUCUACUUGAUGGAGCUGUUGUUCAUUGGGUCCCAUGCCUUUAUAGCAAGGAGGGGGCAUUUUGUCUGAAACUGGGAAUGCUUGUUUCUUCUCUUUCAUCAGCUCCUAGAUUUGCUUUGAAUUUGUUGAACCUUGGAAAUGGAUUGCUCUAAGUCAGGGGUCACCAGGUCAGUGACUGUGGGCACCAUGGUGCCCAUGAACAUUUUUACUUGUGCUCCUGGGCUGAUGCCCAAGACUCUGAGGUUUCAUUAAAAAAAAAAAAGACUAGUUUGUAGCCUGCCUGGAAAGAAAGCUAUGGGGCAAAACCUUCUAAACAAUUCCUGUGACAUGAGAGAGAGUAUGGUGUGGCCACUUUGUAUAUUUGACCUGGUACUGAGGAACAUUUCUUGUUGCUAUUAGACAGUGGCAGCAUCUGUGUGUGUGUGUGUGUGUGUGUGUGUGUGUGUGUGUAAAAUCAAUAUUGUGUGAUCUCACAAUCAGGACGAGCAGGACAUAGCUGAAUUCUCAUAUUAAACGUAAGCUUGUCAGGAGUGGCUUUCUCUCUAAUUUUGGGUUAAGCCAUGCGGCUUGUGGCAGCCAUUUUGUGUUAUGCCACCCCCACCCACCCCAAAAGCAGCUAUUUUGUGACUGGAGCCCUCUGCACACUCAGAGAAUUAAAAAUGUGCCCCCUGGUCCUAAAAGGUUGGCAACUGCUGCUCUGGAUGCAAGCUGCUGAUGAAACCCACUUGUGGCACUACUUUAUUCUGCAGCUGCUGCUUUAUUCUGCAGUCUAAACUUGCUGCUUCCGUUUUCGUUCUUUGCAAAGGCUAGGAUCCUUUGAAUGCCUUUGCAGGGAAUUUUUUUUACGCAAGGAGUUUUCCUAGUAGCUCCUGCCUGCAAUCUGCAGUUCCCCCUUUGUCCUUAGCCCAUCCUUUUCUAGCUUUUCUGACAUACACCUCACACGUUUUCAGAAGGUCAAUGAAGACUUCUUUUGUUUCAGUGGGCCUUUGCAUGUUGAGGCCUACAGAUUAACAAGUUAUUUGGAACUUUAGGUUGCAGCAGCGGGAACUGCUAAAUGGAGUUUUGGGUUUUCUGAUGCUGCUGACUUGUACUCUCUCUGCUGGCUUUUAACUUAAGUCAGGGAAGAGGAGCGUGUGGCCAUCCAAAUAGUGAUGGACCACAGCUCCCAUUGCCCCUGACGAUGAGUGGCCAUGCUGGCUGCGCCUGAUGGGAUUUGGAGUUCACCAACAUCUGGAGAUGCUCCCACUCCCAAUUUUAAGUGGAUCCAAGGAAUUGCGAGCAGAGUUCCACUCAUGCCGUAGGGCUUCCCCGCUCUCACCUUCCUGGGCGUGCAGACCCUUUUGUGUCCUUCCAGAAGCAUCUGCUGCAGCUUUGCAGGACCUGUUUGGAUGGUGCGCAAAGGGCUAUUUGGAUCCAAGCCAUCCUUUUCAUUUUCUCCCAUGAUUAGCUGCUUUGAGGGCUCUGUGGAGCCACCUUGAUGGGAUGGAAGGUAUAAAAUAAAACCUCAGCUAUGGCACUUGUGCCACUGAUUCCCAUGAAGGUAAUUUUUGAGUUAAAGUAGGUGUAGCAUGUAGCCCUCUCAACGCUUGCAUAGAGAGCAAGUGCAGGUAGGCACAUUUCUCCAAAAUAAACCCCAAAGGAGAAACCCAUUGCUCUAGUUCAACAGCUUUCUAAUUUUUCAUAUUUACUUGCAUGUCAAGGAACCUCUACAUAUUGCAGAAGAUUCUUUGUAAGGAGGUGCUAGGGUAUGCACACAGUUGAAGCAGGGUCCUGGUUAGGACUGUUGGCCUACGUUGUCACACAUUGCAGGGUGCAUUCAGUUCAUGCCCUCAACGCUUUUCCGAUAGCUGUGUUAUAAACACUGGUACACAGUGGAUCUCAUUGACAGAACAGAGCUUUCAAGGAAGCCCGGGGUUCAUGGAAAAGCACUGCCCUAGCAUGUCUCCACAUGCAUGAACGAUUGUAAAAUAAUACCCUUAGUUGAAUUAGAGAAAGGGAGGAGGAGCAGAUGAAAUAGAAUGGUUUGGGAAUAAGCUUAUGGGGCAGGGCAGGCAACAUGGCAACUUUCAGGUGCUGUUAGACCCCAUCUCCCAUCAGCCUCAGCCAGCAUGACCAGUGGCCCAGGAUUAUGGGAGUUUGAGUCCAACAUUUAUCUGGAGGGCAAACUGUUGACUACCCCAAGGGUUUCACUAGCUCGAACACCUGCAGUGCAGCAGCCAUGCUCCCUGCCCCCAUUUCCAGUUUUCCUGCUUCUAGAACACUGAUGAUCAGAGUGUGUGUAGCAUCCUUGCAUAAGCUGGUGUUUCUAGGUGAAAAAGAUCCGCUGGGAGAGGCAUUAUAGCUAAAUUUGUCCCAAAGCAAUGUUAGAGGAGACCGCAGUACUGAAAGCUUUUUAGCUCACGCCUGGUCUCUUCAUUUCCAGAUAGCUGCUGCGUCUCUGCUAUAGCCAGCACCCGCAGUGGUUUGCUUUUGCCUCAGAAGCCUGUUCAUGUGCAUAAAUGCUUGGCAUUCGAGGCUUUCUUUUUCUGAACCAGCAGUUCUCCUUUAAUUGCAGCAGAAUGGUCCAGUGCCUGAGCUAUGGAAGUGGGAUACAAAGCCCUCUGCUGUCUCCCUUCCCACUCCUGUCACAUGUGAUCAGAUCACAGGUCUGGCGUACACUUCCACAAAGGACAACUGUCUCCGUACAAGUCUGCACCCAACCUAUAAUAAAAGUUUAUACCGUACCGUUUUAAAAAACCCCUGUUAAUUUGAUUUAUGGUUGUAGAUUAAGGUGUACAGCAAACAGAGGUUCCCGAGGAAACUACUUCUGCAGCUACCGAUGCUUCUAUAUAUAUAUAUUUUUCCCUCCAUCAUGGCAGGGAUCUGUGAAAAGGUGUACCAAAGCCCAUAUGCAGAAGGGUAUCUGUACAUCUCAUGCAACCUCCCAGACAUCUUUGUUAAAUCCCCCUGCAGUUUGAGCAGAAAGAAAAUUGGGCUGGGUGGUGGAGGACAAGAGGGCCGUAUUCUGAAAAGUCACAUCCCUAAUAUACACAACAGAGAUCAGAAGGGGCACACCGUGGAAACAAGAGCGCUGUGGAGUGCAGCAGCCUGAGGAUUAUUCGGAUCAUAAGAACAGCUCCGUGUAGGAGGAAAGCGAUAGGCAUUUCCGUGUAGUUCACAGGUUGUCACUUUGAAAGUGGAGGCUUCAGUCCUGUUCCGACAAAAACAUCAAGCAGCUUAUCAAAAACGGCAAGGGAGAAAUGUGAUAAAUGGCAGCAUGGAGUAAAUAGACUUGUUAAGAGGAGUUCAGUAUCCUGGGAUCUUCCGUCUAGCAGAGUUAAUGCAUGCUGCUCUAGUCUGCUGCAGAUCUUCAAGCUCACUGUAGUCUUUUUAUAAACUGCUCCAGUUAACCCAGGGUGCCCUACUUUUUGAGGGUAAAGUGCUGAUUCAGAAUCCUGUAGACGGGUAUUGCAUAAGAUCUGCAGUCGAGGCAUGUAGGAUCCACCUGAAAGUCAGUCCAGUGGGAGUUUGCCUAGCGAUGGGCAAAUCUGUCCAUUUUGUUUUUUCUUAGCUACUCAUUCUUUCAAUCUCAAAUUCAUUUCUCCUCAUUUCCACAUCAGUAUGUGUGCAAUUUUUUUGAAGUCCGCAUGAAAAUUGUACAUGUUUUUGCUUAAUAUAUGAGGGAGGUUUCCACAGAGCACUAAACAGAUUGUUCCAUCAAUUUCCCCUCUCCUCCCCCUUAGCGCUUCUCUGGGGAUUCUCCCAACUUCCCCAUAGAGCUGAAUUGUGGGAGGGGGAAGCCCCAUUGCAGUGGCAGAAGUCCUUGGUCUUGCUUCCGGUUAGUUGAAUCUGGUGCUGUGUUUUGGGGUGUAGCUUUCCCUUACAAUAGAAAGCAUUUUUGUACAUGACUUUCACUAAUAUAAGUAUUUUGCACACACUUUCCCUCAUAUAUACUUUGUCCUCUUUUUAUUUAUUUAUUUUUGGUUGGAGAAGUGCAUCACACCAUUCAGAAAGAGCAGGAUAGCUGUGUUUUGGUUCGUGUGUUAUUUUAGGAAGUGACCAUCAGGUAGACUUGCAUUAAAAUGCAAACCAAACUAAUUUCUCCCCCAGUGUCUGCUUCCGAUGUGUCCUUAGCGUGAAGAAAUGCUUUUGUAGCUCAUCCCCUUUUACUGGUGGGAUGACAAACCUUUUCUUAAUUAAUGGAUCUCUCUCUCUCUCUCUCUCUCUCUCUGGCUUCUAGCAUUUGUAUAACAUAGAAUCCGAGAUGGAUGAAGAAACAGACCUUGAUUCCAUAGAUGGCAGCACGAGUGGCGCCUCCUCAGAUGAGUGGGAAGAUGAGAGUGACAGCUGGGAGACGGACAACGGCCUCAUGGAAGAUGACCACUCCAAAGCAGAGGAAGCUGAGCCCGAGGAGCCACCUGUGGAAGAGGUGAAAAAGGUGGAGGAGCAAGUUCAAGGUGCUGUGGCAAUGGCAGUGGCCGACUUGGCAGCUGAUAAAUCAGGCAAGGAAGGGACCCCAAAGAGCUUCCGAGAGUUGAAGGAGGCCAUCAAGAUCUUGGAGAGCCUGAAGAACAUGACCGUUGAGCAGCUGUUGACAGGCUACCCGACUUCUCCGACGGUCGAACCCGAGAAGCCCACCCGCGAGAAGAAGUUCCUGGAUGAUAUCAAGAAGCUGCAGGAGAAUCUGAAGAAGACCCUGGACAACGUAGCGAUUGUGGAAGAAGAAAAGAUGGAGGCCAUGGCAGAGGCAGAAAAGAAGGAAGAGAGAGAGGCGCAGACGCAGACCCCAGUGACAUCAGAGUGGCCUAGCGAGACUCCUGUGCUUUGCCAGCAGAAUGGAGGCAAGCCUGGCGUUACAUUCACCAGUGCCAAGGGGGAAGUCUUCUCUGUACUGGAGUGUGCCCCAGGUGAGUGGCAGGCAACCGCCUUUCAGGGAAGGCAGUGCUGGACAAUAAAGCGGCAGCAUCCCUCUUUCAUUCGUAGAAGCCUGUAUUUAAAGGUGGGAUAAAGGUAAACUUUGCAGAAUUUGUGUCUGUACUUCAGCAUUUGCCUCAACUUGCAUUCAGUCUCUUGCACUUAAUGGCCUGCUGCAAAUAAACAACACUUUCAAAACACAUUGCAUUUUGUUACUGUACUUAGAAGCCAUUUUAACCCAUUGUUUGGCAGCUACAACAACAACAACAAUUUAUUUAUUUAUACCCCGCCCAUCUGGCUGGGUUUCCCCAGCCACUCUGGGGGGCUCCCAACAGAAUAUGGAAAACACGAUAAAACAUCAGACCUAAACAUGGUUGCCUUCAGGUGUCUUCUAAAAGUCAGGUAGUUGUUUAUUUCCUUGACAUCUGAUGGGAGGGCAUUCCACAGGGCUGGCACCACUACCGAGAAGGCCCUCUGUCUGGUUCCUUGUAACCUUGCUUCUUGCAGUGAGGGAACCGCCAGAAGGCCCUUGGCGCUGUAGGUGUUUGUAGACUAUUACAAUUUGUAGACUGUUACACUGCAAUUACCUGCAUUUUACAAAUAUGUAUUGUAUUUUAUCAUUGCUGUUUUUCAUGAAUAAUUACAUAUUGAGUAAAAUUUAGUUUAGUAAAAGUCAGGUAGUCCUGACUUUUUACAUAGUAUAUUGGUGUGAUAACUGGCCAUGGAUUAUUCUUCUUUGUCUCUGAGAGGUGUUUUCAUGGCUGAGCUUUUUAUUUGGCCUGGGAGGAAAGAUGUGAUAGAAACACCUGCUAGCUUUUUUGACCACGAAUAGAAGGGUAGAAUAUAAGAGCCAUAUCUUUCUCCUUCUCCAACUAGCAUAAUAUUUUAAGCAAUUUCUGACCAGUAUUAGGCAAAAGCAACAUAAUCUCCUUAAGGAUAAUUGCAUGGUUGUGUGGGGUGGGAGGUUCUUUUAACCCACUGUCUUGGUUUUUUCAUUGUCCCAUUAGAUAGCCAUGCCUUUAAGAAAAUGGAAUUCCAGCCUCCAGAAGCCAAGAAGUUUUUCAGCACAGUGAGGAAAGAAAUGGCCCUGCUAGCAACCUCGUUGCCAGAUGGUAUCAUGGUCAAAACCUUUGAAGACAGAAUGGUAAGUUCACACAACCAAGAGUGUUUUGGUACUCCUCAUCCUUGUUAGAGCUGUCACCAUUGAAACACAAGCCAGGAUCCAAACAACGACUCCAUCGUCUAAGAUGCAUCCUAGUUGAAGGAACCAUAUCGUUCAUUUGUGAAGACCUUGGCCAGCCUUCAGGCAGAUAGAAAAGGGUUUCAUUUUCCUCCUGCAGCCAUCAGUCACUAGCAUCUCUGCUUCUGACUUGCUCAGCUUAUACAGCAGUUGUGAAUAAUCCCAUUAUUGUGUCCUGUGUGUUCAUCUUGCACUUUUGCAUAGAGUACAGUGUAGAAAUUUUGCAUUCAUUCAAACAUAACUGAAUGCUACAAAAAAAGAAUAAAGAGCAGAAAAAUGGCAAUAUAUUCCAGAAAACUUCCUUAAGCACCCACAAAAUUGACUGAAAUAGCCACCGUAAAUAACGAGAGGGGUUAUCUAUCACACCAAAAGAAAUCUGGCAUUCUCUUUGGCCAUGGCAAUGGCAAAUAAAUGCUUUCAAUGUUGCAUUCUGUUACACCAGCAAGUAAAGUAACUCUUUUGCUAACUCGACAGGAACUAAAUUCUAGGAGCUGGGUUAAGUUAAGUACUUUUGUUCUGAUAUUUUCAUAAAUGGAACAAGUGGGGGAGCAGGGGUUGAAGUUCAAUAGCUUUACCAACACAGUGCUGUUAUCUGGCAUGCAGCCCAUGUAAUGUAAUGUUGCUAUUUUCCUAGUUAACACUGCAGAGGCUCCCCGGAAGUUGAAGUUGAUUUUUCUUCAUGGAAUUAUGCUUUGGCUUGUGAUCUCUUCACAGGAUCUCUUUUCGGCACUCGUCAAAGGACCUACACGCACACCAUAUGAGGAUGGCCUCUUUUUAUUUGACAUCCAGCUUCCCAACAUCUACCCGGCUGUCCCCCCUCUUUUCCGUUACCUCUCCCAGUGUAGUGGGAGGCUAAACCCCAACUUGUAUGACAAUGGAAAAGUCUGCGUAAGCCUUUUGGGGACCUGGAUAGGCAAGGUAAUACAACUUCAAACUAUUUCCAUUGGCUCCUCCAAGUACCAUUGUAUAAAUUGCCUCAGAUUGCCCUUCUUCUUCUUCUUCUUCUUCUUCUUCUUCCUCUAAAUCUCCUUCAUCUUUUCCUCUCAAAAGACAAGGUUAGGGUGCUGUGCUAGCAGUCUGAAGAUACUACUCUAAACUACAGUUUGCUGCCCAUGCACAUAUCUCAGAAGUAUAUAUGCACCCCUUAACUGUAGCUUGCGAGUGUUAAACCAUUGGUUUAGUUAAUGGGCUCCAUAGCUUUCUGCUGGAAGGGCUUCCAUUCUCCCAGCCGGUCACAGCCACAGCUCAGAGAAGUGCUCCUAAGUUUAUGAAGGAAGCAGAACAACACAUAGCAAAAUGAUACAAGAAGCUUUUGUCAGAAAAUACUUCCUUUCUUCACGACACACUUUAGAGCUGACCUCACUAUUAAAAGCUGACAUGAUAUAUAAGUGGAAUCUCACUACUGAAAUCUGUUGUGGCUCAAAACACAAUCAUUCCACCAGAUCUUAUAUACCGUAUUUUUUGCUCUAUAAGACUCACUUUUCCCCUCCUAAAAAGUAAGGGGAAAUGUGUGUGUGUCUUAUGGAGCGAAUGCAGGCUGCGCAGCUAUCCCAGAAGCCAGGAACAGCAAGAGGGAACGCUGCUUUCGCUGCGCAGCGAUCCCUUUUGCUGUUCUGGCUUCUAGGAUUCAGAAUAUUUUUUUUCUUAUUUUCCUCCUCCAAAAACUAGGUGCGUCUUACGGUCUGGGGCAUCUUAUAGAGCGAAAAAAUACGGUGCGUUGUCGCAACAGCGCCGUCUCUUGGCUGUGUCCAGUUCUGCAGCUGCAUUGGCCUUCAUUUGGCUUGCAACGUGCAGCUCACGUAGCAGCCCUGUUCUUCAGUGCAGUGAUCUUUGGGCUAGUGGAGCAGUGUAGUCUCCGGCCACCAGGACCCAGCAAUGCUACGGGCAGCCCUUACCACAUAACUUAGAAGGUGAUGCUCUGCCAUGUGUGGCGUCACCACAGUGCUGAGCAUCAGCACAGGUCUUGGAAGCUGCCUCUAACAUAAUGCAGAUGUUACACCCAUAAUUACAUAGAAUGCCCACCCCAUCCACAUGAUAUUAAACUCAUUGUUCUCAUGUAAAGCUUUAAAAUAAAUAACAUUAAAUACAUUGGCUUACUUUUUUGUUUGUCUAUUCCAGGGCACAGAGAGGUGGACCAGUAAAUCCAGCCUUCUACAAGUACUCAUCUCAAUCCAAGGUAAAUUCCAGUGUUGGAGCAGGGGAGAAACGUGGGGCCCAAGAGUAUCCUUCAGCAAGGGAAUAUGAGAAAAUAGGUAGAAUAACCUACUUCUUCCGCAACUAGCUGACUUUGUAGGCUAAUUUCAUUACCCUAUAAUUGUGGACGCCCGUACGCAUUUACUUUCUAUUUCAUGUCCUGAAAGAAAAACCACAACCACCACCUAGACAGCUGCCAGCUCACAGAAGGAGCUGCAAGUAACUCCUUGAGCUUGGCUGCCCGUUAAAAGCCAAUAAGCAACCAAGCCAGCCCACGCAGUCUUUAUUAUUGCAUAGGUGGAUUUUGCAUCACUGUUGCUCUCUACAGGUGGGCAUUCCACAGUCUACUUGCUCCAAGGGAAGGGCCACAGUUGCAUAUGAUUCAGCACCCAACCUGGCAUGUCCAGAGGCAGGUUGGAGCGCCUACACGAGUAGCUUUGUGUGUAGGAUGCACACUUCAGGGGACAAUGGGCCUCACACAGGUAGAAGACAUUAAGAAGUGCAUUCUUCUCAUGAGAAAUUGUUGGGUGAUUUGUCCCCUAAUAUAAUUUAACGUAAUUGGUGUGCCUGGUCUAUAACCAUUUUCUCAAGAAGCUAGGAAGACUUUCAGUUAGAACAGUUCAUCUACUGGCAGUAAUUAAGGCAUCCAAAACCCAUAGAGGUAUUUUUUUCUUAAAAGAAAACUUUCCAAAAGUGCUGGCACCCUGUGGAAUUGUGCUUUAAUUUUCAUCAAAACUUUGCAUAGUGGAGGUUUCAGCUUCAUUACAUAAUGAGCCUAGUAAUUCUGGGUUAGAAUUCUGAAAUGAGUGUUAAAACCACCUUAAAUUUGGAGUAAUUGUUGGGCUUCAGAGCCUGAAUAAAUAGGGUUUUAGUUUGGUUUUUUCAAAACUGAGGUUACUUCCACCCCUCCCUUAACUUCUAAAUAGUGCUUUCAUCUUCCUGGUACAUUUAAUUCCUUGCCUUUUUUCCCUUUUCCAGCCGUGUCCCAUAGUUUGCUCUAAGGCAGCCGUGUGCAUUUCCCACAUCAUUGCAACCUUCUAAAUUCUUUUUUCUCCCUGCUCCCUCUUCUUCCUCCCCUUCCAUUUUCUCACAUCAGGGCUUAUCCUAGUCAACGAGCCUUAUUACAAUGAGGCUGGCUUUGACAGUGACCGCGGUUUGCAAGAGGGCUACGAAAACAGCCGCUGCUACAACGAGAUGGCUCUGAUCCGGGUCGUUCAGUCGAUGAUGCAGCUGCUGCGCAAGCCGGUGGAAGUCUUUGAGCAGGAGAUCUUCGAGCACUUCUGCUGCAACGGUUGGCGCCUGGUCCACCGCAUCGAGUCCUGGGUGGAGACCAACGAGCUGGUGGAAAGGAGUCAUGACCACAUCAGCCUGGGAGAGCCUUCCUUUGUGCAUUCAGCCUGCGGUGUUUUGGCAGAGAGCCCUCUAGAUGGCAUGGGGCCUCUGGGAGAGCUAGAGUUAGGGGCUGCUGCUGCCGCCGCCGCAGUUAGCCAGUUGCCUGACGGCAAGGAGGAGCUGGAAGACUCUGGUUGCGCGAUGUCGACGCUUGCUGCCAGCGACGCCCAUCAAUAUUCGGACUCGGAGAGCAUGGGCCAGGCCAGGGCAACGCACUUUGCCAGAGACCCAACGGAGGAGGGUAAAGCUGCCCAAGACUCUGCUGCUCAGCCUAGUGUGAAACCAAAGAAAAGGAGAAAGAGCUACAGGAGCUUUCUUCCGGAGAGGAGCGGCUACCCCGACAUCGGCUUCCCCCUCUUCCCACUGUCCAAGGGGUUCAUAAAGAGCAUCCGCGGAGUCUUGCAGCAGUACCGGGCUGCCUUAGUAGAGGCCAACAUCCCAGAGUGGACAGAAGACAAAUGAAACAUCAGGUUAGGGGCAGACAGACGCACAGAAAAGGAGGGGAAGCCAGGAGGAAGCAGCUAGCAACCGUUGUUAACAAUAAAUAGACUCUCAGUGCACUCAUUCCUCCUCGGCUUGGUUUGUUAUAGAGAAAGCAGAAGCUUCCAUAACUCAUUUUAGGCUCUCUCUCUUUCCCCCCUCCCACAUUCCAGGUGCCCAGGAUGGUUGAGCAACUCUGCACAGCGACACACACAUGCACACACCCACACCAUGCUCCUGUUUCCAGGUUGAUCCUGAGAGAAUAGGAGCUGUGACCUUUCCAUGCCGGAUCUUGUGCGAAGCUGGCGUUGGAUCUUCUCAACUCCUACUGGUGCAAAGGCACUCCCUCUUCCCUGGGUGAUCCUCUUGGGUGCUAUGGGUGAUCUUGAUGGUCGAGAAGGCUUUUGAUUUAAGCCUGGGGAGAGCCUUGUUUUUAUAUCUUGUGAGGAAGAUGCAGUGCUGUGGUUUUAUAUCUUGUGAGGAAGAUGCAGUGCUCCUCUCUACCUUAGGACAUAAUGUCACUAAAGCCGGUCAGUUAGAAAGCCCUGAAUAGCCCACAUUUUCAGCUCUGUGCCAGUCCUGAGCGCUUUCGUGAUUUGGUUCGCUGCUGUGAGCUGAGGAGAUAAAUACCCCGGAAAUUGGUGUAGGCUUGGACUUUUGCUGCAAGAGAGCCACAAAGUGGUGAAUAUAAGGCGUUUGUUUUUGCUUGACUGUAUGGGCCACUUUGAGACAGAAGUGCUAGGUGAGCUGUCCUUGAUGUGGUCCACACUCAGCACCACCUCUCUGGCUUUCUGAGGAUUACCUGCUGUCUUAUUUAAAAUGUACAAUUUCUUCUGAACAGCAUAUCUCUUUCCACUUUGCCUUGAGAGGGGAAUAGUGCAUAUAGCGUAGCCUGCUACUCUCCUGGAUACAUGCUACACUCUGCUACCAACUCAACUCUGUACACCGAGGUACCUCAGGAUGGCGCUGGAACAACUGCAUGGUGCAGCCCACAUUUUCCGAUUUCGCCUUUCACUUAGGUGUUUGCAAAGUGGCAGCUCUGCCCGACAUUGUAUCUCCAUGGACUUACACCAACCUUAUAGCAACAAGCCUCCAUGCUAAUAUAGACAAUGGGUUUCCAUAGUCCAGCAUCCUUAAGUUACAAUUGCAGCCUUUAUUGUGAGUCACUGUUAUUUCCUAUCCCCUGAUCCUAGGCUGUGUGCAACCACCACCGCCACCUCCCUGCCGGCUGUGGUACAGAUCAUGACUGGCGAUACAUUCAUAUUUUUGCAUCCUAGAUGAGGUUACAUUCUGUUCCUUGUUCAGCGUACCCACAUCUUUGCACGGCAUCACAGUCACCCUUGUAUUUCCCUUCCUCUGAUCAUGACCUGGGUGCCCCUCUUUCACCCUCCCACUUGAAUAAUCUAGUUCUGAACAGGGUGACACGAAUCUUGUGUUUACUCGGAUAUUAGUUAGUUGUUCUAGUGUUGCAGAUUAAGAUUUGAGAGGUAGCGGUUCUCCAGUUGGGAGGCUGCAGGAUGCGAUCUUUUGUGGCCAUGCUGGUAAAAGAGCAGCAAAAGAAAUUAAGUUGACAUUAGUACCCUUUGAGGACAGGGACAAGAAAGGAUUUCUCCUUUUUUCUUUUUUGCUUGCAUUGCCAGACACUCUGUUAAUUGUGUGAAAGGGCAGACAGUGGGGGGGGGGUUCUGUCUGUGUUUCUAUGUGUCAUCACAUUCCUCAUGCAGAUGUGGUCGCGGCGCCUCUUCUCCCCAAGAGACAGAGGAAUGGGCCACGUAUUUUAUUAUGAUGACACACUAACGAAAACAAGCAAGCUUUCCCAAUCCCCCAAUCACCUAGCUGCCCACCCUGUUUUGAGAAGUGGCUACUCUUCCAUUUUGAGUAGGGGAGCAAGGUGGGAGGAGCCACAGAAGAGGAGGCAAAUGGUGCUAUGGACUGCAGAGAGCUGAGCUUCAAGGGGACUCCCUUUUUCCAGAGUGCAACUGAGAGCUGUAUCUUGGGAAGAUCUUGCUUACUCUUUCCUCCUCGGGAUCUGCUGCCAUCUUUUGCAUCCAUCAAGCACUGUCCCUUAUCCUUGCUAUCGGGCCCCACCAGAGGCAUGCACAGAAGUUUACACUUUCUUUUUCUAUAAGCUUUUGAAUAAUGUGAAGCUCUAGGUUAUGCAGUUGCUGGUGAGCACACACCGUGCAGCUAUAACCUCUUUUUGGUGUAUGUACGUAAUAAAAGAGUGAAGAGAAAUUUCCAAGAGGCAAAUGCUUAAAACACCUCAAGAAGCCAAAGCAUGAGGCACAUUGUUAGUCUUGAGAUGGGCUACAUGAUUGUGAUGUAUAAAUUUAAAAUCUUAUCUGUUUAAGUGCUGGGGAGGGAGGGGAAAGAAAUAUUACAAAGAAAAAGAAAAAAAAUUUCUAGCCUUUCUGUACAGUAUUUAAAACUGAUGGAGCUGUCAUAUUGGGGCAAUGCUUAGAGGUGUGUUACUUUUGCAGCUGUGAAUGCUUGGUUGCUUACAAUAUAUGUAUAAAGUAUUGUGUGAUUAAUCUUUUUUUACUUGCAAACUUUGUUUGGCUAACUAAGAUGUAGUAAUAAAGGAGAGAAAGUGGCUUGCCAUUACGUUCUGCCGCUGUGAAUAGGUUUGGUUGUGCUUGCUGUGUCUCUGUCCAUCUGGCGAGAUUUGUAUAUAACUCAAAUUCUCAUUCGCAACUAAGAGGGAUGUAGGCAUUCCUGAAAAGGCUGGGAAAGGAGGAAGCUUCUUUGCCAGUCCAUCUAUUAUAUGUCAUCUAGGGAAGGGGGAACCAGUCCUAUAGCUUGUGAGUCACUCUCUACAUGUGUCUCCCACUGGCAAAGUUUCCCUGGAAUCCUUCCAUUUGAGACCUUUUAAGCAUAUCUGGUGUCCGAUUCUUGCUUGUCCUAUUGAGGUAUGUGUUUCAGUGUUACAUUACUUGCUUAUUUUUGAGGAAGCCCUCAAAAUCAUGUGUAGUGACUCAGGCAGUGACUACUCACUGUAUUCUGUGAGUUUCGGUGUUACUUUGCACACUAAUGACACAUCCACCUGUGUACUCACAUAGCUGGAAGUGUGUUCUAACAGCAACCCUCAGCGGUGGGCUUUACCAAAGAAAACAUGAAAAUCAUUCUCAACAUCUGUGUGUACGUACAUUUAAGAAUGGUGACAAUGACUUAGUCUGACCUUCUCCUAGGUCUCCUUUCUGAAAACCCAGGCACACACUCAGCUCUUCAACCAUAGCAACUGGAAUCUGCCCAGUUGGUGAGAGGAAUGUCAGGACACAGCAAGUCCUGUACACAUGUAAAUCCUAAUAUCCAACUCUCAGUAUUCCAUGUUGUGUCCUUGCUCAGCCUCCCUG